AUGGCUCCUCCAGAGCCUACCGUGGACACUGCAAGUCCUCCGCCCCGCUUACGAGCCCAUCGCUGCACUCUAACCGCAGGUACAUGUGCGACGUUCAACGCAGAGGGACGUAAGAGGACCGCUGAAGGCGAAUAGCAUCGGACAGUGAACCUCCGACGGCCUGACGUACGCAAGUGACAUGCACGCUACGGCGAACAUCAGGUUCGCUGCUAAAGCUCUGAACGCAUGCGUAUGGCUAUCGCGCUAGCACUCUCAUGUCGGCACAUCCGCUCCAUGUGAACUUAUCUCUGACCGCGAGCACUUCGAACGUGAAGAACCAGGAUCCACUAGACCCGAUCCCGCAAUUGACUGCGACCACUCCAGUGACCCCCUUCAGCCCUCGACUCGGGUCUCAGCAUCGCCGGAAACGCUAAGACGUGGCCAUCCGCGCUCUCGUAGCGGAAAGGAACAGGCAAAGGUAGGCCCUCAGAGAUCGAGCCUCUACCAGGCUCAGCACACGAGCAGGAUACCUCUGCUUCUGAUUCAACCCUCAGAGAAAGUCCUACCAUGGAGGAGUACGCCGUACCAACUCAGUCCACAGUGGCAACAGGACUAUGGACAAGCAAUCUCGAGCAUAGUAGCGGGAAACGAUGUACUAGAAGGACCACCAGGCUAUCCAUACGUCAGACUGAAGAGAGGGAAAGGAAAGAGAGGGAAAAGGAAGAGAGGAAAAGGAAGAGAGGGGAAAGGAAGAGAGGAAAGAGAAGAGAGGAAAGGUCUAUUGCCGAUCUUCACAGUGCUCUCUUUCCUUCCUCCUCCUCCCCCUCCUCUUUCACUUCCCUUCGUCCCCUUCCUCUCUUCCCUUCCUCUCGCUCUUUACCUUCCUCUCAUUACUCCUUCUUCCCUUCCUCUCUUUCCCUUCCUUCCUCUCUUUCCUCCUCUCUUUCCCUUCCUCUCUUCCCCUUCCUCUCUUCCUUCCCUCUUCCUUUCCCUUACUCUCUUCCUUCCUUCUUUCCCUUCUCUUCCCUCCUCUUCACCUUCCUCUCUUCCCUUCCUCUUUCCCCUUCCUCUCUUCCCUUCCUCGCUUUUCCCAGUUUCCCCUUCGGGUCCCCUUCCUCUCUUCCGCCCUCGUCUCUUCCCUUCCUCGUCUUCCCUCCUCUCUUCCCUUCCUCUCUUUCCCUUCCGCUCUUCCCUUCCUCUCGUUCCCUCUCUCCUCCGGUCCUCUCGUCCUCCCUGUCCCUUCCCCUUUCCCCUUCCCUACUUCCCUUGCAGUGCCUCUUGUGCCCGUCCUCGCUCCCCUUCCCUCUUUCCGUACCAUUGUCCCUCUCUUGUCCCUUCCUCCUGCCCCUCUUCACGCCUCCGUCUACUUCCCGGCUUGCCUCUCUUCCUGGUCCGUCAUCCUUUGCACCGUCCUCGACGUUCCGACCGUCCUACUCUUCCCCUCACUCUCCCUUGCCCUCUGCAUUCCGCUGUCCCUCUGCUCCCCUUCCAGCGCUUUCCCUUCCUCUACUUCGCACACUCUCGCCCUUCCCUUGCCGCUAUCCUGCUCAUUUCCCUUCAGCUCCUUUCCCCUGCGCUACUUUACCCGUCCUCUUCCCUAUCCCUUCGACUCGUCUUACCCGAGUCCUCAUGCGGUUCCGAUCACGAGCAUCCCUGCUUCCCCUUCCUCUCUGCCUAUACCUCUCACGUUUCCCUUGCCCUCUUCCCUCUUCCCCAUUCCUCUCUCCCACGUGCCUCGUCUUUGACCCUCGCUUUCCCACUGCCUCUUUCACUCUCAGCAGGACAUUCCCUUCCACUCUGUUCCUAGUACCUACUCUUCCCCUUCUCUCGUUGCCCCUUGCCCUCUCUGUGCACCUACCCUCCUUACGCCGAUUCCUCUCUAGUGAAGAGAUCAAAGUUGAAGAGAGAAAAGGAAGAGAGGAAGGGAAAGGAAAAGGGAAAGGAGAGAUGUGGAAGUGGAAAGGAGAGGAAAGAGAGGGAGAGAGGAAAGAAAAGCGAAGGGAAAUGUGAAAAUGGUUCUGUCAGUGUGCUUGUCUCCUAUGUGGGGUCAAGUUGCAGAGUUUGGCCUGAGAUAUGAGCAGUUGUGUGUGUGUGUGUGUGUGUGUGUGUGUGUCAGUGUUUGUCUCGAGUCCGGUCUCAAGACCACAUAUUGAGUGUCUCGGUCUUGACUCGGUCUCAGACAAUGAGGACUUCCUUCCCGAGACCAGCCGACACCAGCGGAGUCAUAAACUCAUAAUUAUCAGCUUCCAUUUAGUCGGUGCAUAAAACCACUUCGCUUUAGCUCAGACAAUUAGACAGCUAAGUUGGGCCGUAGGGGACCUCUGUCAUUUCUUUUAUUCCAUGUAUGUGUGUUUGGUGUUUGACUCUGUGAGUAUUUAUGUGUGUCUGUGUUUUAUUUAAUCUGACCUCAUUCCAUAUACCAAGGGUUAAAUGGCAUCAGGUUCAAGUACUACACUCUUAGAAAAAAGGGUUCCAAAAGGGUUAUUUGGCUGUCCCCAUAGGAGAACCCUUUUUGGUUCCAGGUAUAACACUUUUUGGUUCCAAGUAUAACUUUUUUGGGUUCCAUGUAGAACCCCCUGUGGAAAAGGUUUUACAUGGAACCCAAAAGGGUUCUACCUGGAACCAAAAGGGUUCUACCUGGAACCAAAAAGUGUUCUUCAAAGGAUUAUCCUAUGGGGACAGCCGAAUAACUAUUUUAGGUUCAAGAUAGAAGAGUGUAGUACUGAUACACAGCUCUGUCCACUGUCUAGCUUGAUUAAUACUUCACAGCUACAGGUUAGAUGUAGCCUAGUGCUGUUAGGCUGUACUAGCAGUGUGAAUUUGUAAGUCACAUCUUUGUAGUGAAAAUAACACAACAUUAAUCCACAAACUAGACAUCUGUAUGGCUUUUAUCCAGACUAGCAUAUCAUACAAGACAAACACUUUUAGACAGCACAGAGAUGAAUGUAGAACUGAAUAUUGUCAUGAGAGAUGGGAAAAUCCUUAGAUGAGUCUGGCCCAGCUGAAUGUGCACAGUCAUCUCAGUCAGUCAGUCAGUCAGGAAACAGACACACAAACACAUGGCGUACACCCUAAAUUCCCACUGCUCCGGAUCCUGCAGUAACACAUACACAAGCCAAAGAGUGUCUGUGUGUGUGUGUGUGUGUGUGUGUGUCUGUGUGUGUGUGUGUGAGUAUGUGUGUAUGUGUGUGUGUGUCUGUGCGUGUGUGUGUGUCUGUGUGUGUGUGUUUGUGUGUGUGUGUGUGUGUGUGUGUGUGUGUGUGUGUGUGUGUGAGGGAUCAUCCAACCAGACAAGACAAAUGGCUUGCAGCAGGAAGCGAAGAGUAAACAUAAAUAUGAUGAAGACGAUGACUGAGGAGUCCUAGGGUGAUACCAUUGCCUAAUCCCCCCCACCAUCUCCCCCUGCCGCCUUAUGUGUGAUCUCCCUGGUAAAGUGAUCACUGUGGCGAUAGGGCCGGGGUCUAAUAAGAGCAGAGUAAACACAGAUGUUGAUGUUGUUGUUGUGCCAGGCAGCUGAAGGCCGAGGGCAGACACCAGAACUAGGUUAUUAUGAUUCUACGACAAGCUGUUUCUCUUUAGAACAUAAUGAUCAGAUGGCCCUAGUGCAGUAGUGUUUGUGUGUGUGUGUGUGUGUGUGUGUGUGUAUGGUAGAGAGGCCCCACCCAAGGGGUUAGGGCUAGACCUAAGCUGCUCCCCAGUUUGUGUGUUAACUGUAUAUGGCAGAGGUCAUAGCCCUUUCCUCCAGUCAAAUGACCUAGUGGCCUCAUGGGUGGAAUGUUAUUAAUAUUUUUCAUAAUUAAUAAAUAUUAUUUCAAAAAAGAUGCCGAAAAUCCGGUGUUUCUAUGUCAAAUGGUUUUGUUAUAUUUCAGUCAUCUGUGAUGUAUAUAAAGUGUCAUAUUGGAAUGCAAACUCAAAAUUGAAUACAUUUCAACUCUAUAUCAUACAUGGUACAGGUGUCUUCUUUUUUUUAAGCCCAUAACCAUGUGUGUGAGGUGUAUACUUUAGUUUCAAAGUAGAUUUGUUUAAGACUACCAAGAAACACUGUGUGACCCUGCAGUAAAAGGUUAAACUCAAGUUACCUGGGGGCCAAUUUAUAGCGGCCAGUAUCUCUUUCAUGGGAGUAUUGCUUUUUUGCACAAUACCUUAUUCUAUUACCAUGUUCUUUAUUCCGUAUCAGUACCUUAGUAAAUGACCUGACAUUAACCCUCCACUCUCUCCCCCCCUCUACAGACAGUAAGGCCAUCGUGGAUGGGAACCUGAAGCUGAUCCUGGGUCUGAUCUGGACUCUGAUCCUGCACUACUCCAUCUCUAUGCCCAUGUGGGAGGACGAGGACGAUGAGGAUGCCAAGAAGCUGACCCCCAAGCAGAGGCUGCUGGGAUGGAUACAGAACAAGGUGCCCCAGCUGCCCAUCAACAACUUUCACCGUGACUGGAGGGACGGCAAGGCACUGGGAGCCCUGGUCGACAACUGUGCUCCAGGUAAGAGCUGAUCCAGGAUCUGUGACUCAUUCUGUUGUUAGACUCUGCUGGUUAAUAGGCUUGGAGCUGACUCAUAAACAGUUAAGUCUUAGUUCAUGUGACUGGAUGGACGGCAAGGCCCUGGGAGCACUGAUUGACAACUGAGCCCCAGGUAAGGCCUUGAGGAGCAGUUUGAGUGCAGAUCGUCCAUCUGUAAGAACUGUAAGAUCCAAGAUCUGCGCAUGAUACGUUUCAUUUGUUGACAAUAGUCCUCCAGGUUGUAACUGAUUUGAGAGCUGUUUUAGGGUUGAUUAAUCGUCAGUAGUAUUCACUGAAACAGUACACUAAACACUAAACAGCCAUAAUUCCAAGUAUGUGUCACAGAGAAGUUCCAGAGAAACUCCAGUUAUUUAUUGUAUUUUUGAAACGGUCUUGUUGAAGCACUAAGCCUAAUUAUUCCAGGUCAGGGGUAGGGAGUAUGUACUGUAUGUUCAGGGCUGACUGACUGGGAGCCUUGGUUGAUGACAAUGAGAAUGUUUGUUUAUUUUUGGAAUGUUCUGUGGGUUGGUGGUAGAGCUUAUGGUGCAGGGGCUACCACAGAGCAUGACAUCACUGAGAAAAUCCUAUUCAGGGUGGGGAUGUGGGCACAAAGUAUGAAUGGGUGUGGCCAAAAAGCAUACAAGCUGCAUUCAACAAGCAAUAUUCCUUUAAUUGCUUGAACUGCACCACUUCACAUCAGAGAAGGGGAGACCUAGGGGAACCAGAAUGGGACGUGUGUCCACCCUCUGCUCCCACUAUGACCCCUAACCGAUAUCCCAACUCUUAAUCAGAACCAGCCUUUUCUUCAUUAUAAAACAAUCUGAUGAGAGAAGAACGAGGGAGAGAGAGAGGAGGAGAAGGAGGAGGAGGAGGAGGAGGAGGAGGAGGGGAAGGAGUAGGAGGAGGAGGGGGGAAUGAGUAGGAGGAGGAGGGGGGAGGAGGGGGAGGAGGGGGAGGAGGGGGGGGGGGGGGGGGGGGGGGGGGGGGGGGGGGUUGGGGAGGGGAGGGGAGGAGGGGGAGGAGGAUUUUUAAAAUCCCCAAACCACAGAGAGAUAGAUAGUGCAUAGCCUGUAAUUACAGAUCAGGGUCGUCAGGGCCUAGCCAGGGGGACUUGCCUGACAACUGCCCUAGAUAGAGUGACCCCCACUGGGGAAGGUUUCAUAACUGUAGCCCUAGGCUUGUCUCUUUCGGUGAAGGCCUCUACUAAUUUGGACUGGGUUCCUGGCAGGCAGUGGGUCUUUCAAAGACAUGGGUCCAAGGGGAACCCCAAUUGACCUUGGGUUAGUAGACACGUCUUGUUCAACAGAGCCACUAAUCCUGUGUUAGUACAAACGGUGUGAGACCAGAUGCGUGGAAUGACUGGGCAUUAAUAUGUUCACAGAGUUAGUUACUCCAGAGAAAUGAAACAAAGAACUGAGGUGCACUGUCUUUUUGUUUACUGAGUGUGUGUGUGUAUAGGUGUUGUCUUUUGUAGGUGUGUGAGUGUGCGUGUGUGUGUGAGAGAGCCAAUGUGUGAAUGUGUGUGCUUUAUUUGUUUUCAUGUGCUUGCAUGCUUCUGAGUGUGUGUUUAUGUGUGUUUGUGUGCAUGACAAAGUGUGUUUACUAAGGCAGGAAGUUGAGAAGUGUGUUGGAGAGAGGCUAAGUUGGCGGAACAAAUAAACAAACAAUGACUCCAUUCUCCCCCAAACUGAGCCUGCCUAAUUCACUUACCUAGCGCAGCGGGGUCACAGAGCAGGUGUGUGUGUGUGUGUGUGUGUGUGUGUGUGUUUGUGUCUGUGUCUGUGUACAUUUAUGUUUUUCAGGGUGUGUGUGUAAUAGUGUGUGUGUUUAUGGUCUAGGUGUCUGUGUUAGUAUUGUUGACACUGCUGAUACACAGAGCUCUGUCUCUGACACUGAGCAGGACUAAGUAGCAGGUUUUAUUCUAGGCUUUGACCAUACAGGGCUCUGUUUCUCUCUGCUCUCACUAAAACAUUCAUACUGAUAGAUCCAGAACAAGCUAUACACUCACAGUACACACAGCAUUAGGGCUAAGGGGCAAUUCUCUCACAUUCUCUUGCAGUGCCACCUCUGCCUAUAUGCAGACUAUGAACUGCCACUAGGCCCCCCCAGGCACGCAAGGCACGUGCUCAGGGGCCCUGACCUCCAGGGGGCCCCCAUUGAUUUUGUUAGUCACUCAUAAUUCAUAGCAAAUUCGUUGAAUCACAUGAAAUUAGUUUUAAAACGGCUACAUUUUCUCUCUGCCACAUGGAAACAUUUGAGGAAUUGCAGAAGAUUUGCUUUAAAACUGCCACAUUUUUCUAUAUGUGUAGAAUUGCAGGAAAUCAACAUUAAAGCUGCACAUCUUUCUCUCCACCGCCAAGAGGGGGACCAGUGAAAUGUUUUGCCCGUGAGGGCCCCCCAACCAAAUAUUGCUUAGGGCCACCAAAAUGCUCUUGUCAGCACAAAAUGUUACAUUCAGGACCAUUCACCCAUUAGCAAGAAAUGUGAAAUAUACAGUUGAGCAUUAAAACAAAACAUUGCACUUGUCUUUUCCUUCUAGCACUGACUUUGCUGAUAACUUCUUUAUUGAGGAAAAAUAUACUUACUACGAUUGUGAUAUGUUGUUGUCUCACUUAGCUAUCUUAAGAUGAAUGCACUAACUGUAAGUCGCUCUGGAUAAGAGCUAAUUGACUGAAAUGUCAAUGUAAAAUAUAAUAACUGUUUUGGGUGGAACUCAAACUGCUCUCAGACCUGCUAGACAACUGCGUAGCUAAUUAGUCCUGACACCUCGAGUUCCCCUGGUUCAGCCAAAGCCGUUCCCCGCAAGGCGCUGGACAUGGGUGUGCUGCAGGCUGCCAGUGGGUUUCUGGCUGUUGUAACAGCAUGGAGAGUGUCAGAGUAGAGAACACAGCAGGGAGGAACGCAAUAAGUGAAAACACAUGUAGCGAGCCGCAUUUCCUGCCAAACACAUUAUUGUGUGUGUGUGUGUGUGUGCUCAUGUAUGUUGUUAAGGAGCAACAGGAACAGGGCAGAGGCCUCUCUGUUAGAAGUAAGGGUGGACAGUAAAACAGUGAAAGUAAAGCGUAUUGUCCGUAGAAGUAAAUUAAGGAAAGGUUUGCUCAUGCCUUGAGUCCAUGUCUUGUCCUUCAGUGUAUUUACACUAGAAUACAACAAUACGUCAGGACUAAGCAACAGGGAACAGAGAGGGUUAGACACAAAUGCAUGCACAAACGCACACACACACACACACACACUCACACACACACACACACACACACACGAUUCCACAGCAAAGUUAACACAGCAUCAUAUCCUGAGGUUGUUCACCUCUCCUCAAAGUGAAAUGUUACUCAUCAGAUUUUUACCCGACACACCCCUCUAUCCACCCCCGCUGAAUGACUCUCUCUCACCCUCACACUGCCUGGUCACAGACCCCCCAGGGCCAGUAAAUCACACCUCAGCCCAACAGAGGCACAUUAAACAGGUAUGAGUUGGUUGAAAAAGGUACUAGUUUCUACUACUGCCCAGCUGUAGAGGGUUGAUUAAACAUAAUGACCCAUCUUGAGUAUCACUGUGUGUGUGUGUGUGUUUAUAUAUGUGUGUGCGUGUGAAUUGUGUGUAUGCAUGUGUGUGUGUGUGUGUGUUUAUGGAACACAAACAAAUAUGAGGGUCAGGUACAGCUCUUUGGCAGUGUGGGAGAAUGCUUUUGGGGGUUUAUGUUCCUCUCCUGUUAGUUUUUCAACCACCCCCUAGAGCCCCCUCACUCUCUGCCAUGUAUUUGUUUAGUAUCCUUUUGCCUCACACCUCUGUUUUCAUACGGCUCCUGGCAGUAGUGGGGUUUGCGCAAGGAAGCCACCCUGAGCUGUGAACAUUCUAGAUGGAACUGCAAUAGAGACAGCCAUGACAGCUAAUGAGACUUAGGGAAAAUGUAUUGCCAUGUAGUGGGGUGGGAGAAACAACAGUAAAAAACACCAAACCACUCUGUCACAUUGAGUAGUGCUGAGCCCUCUCUCCCGUUCCAGUCAGUGGAUACAGCCUGGUCUCAUAGACUAGACGUAACAUAGUAAAUGUAAAUCCGGGACACUCAAAUUAGUUUUAUACUGUAUGUUAUGGGGUGGAUGGGUGGGCUUACAACGCGAAUAUCUAGGAACCCAAAGGUUUCGUGUUCAAAUCUAAUCAUGGACAACUUUAGCAACCUUCAACUACUUACUACUUUUUAGCUACUUUGCAACUACUUGCCAAGUUAGCUAACCCUUCUCCUAACUCUAACCUUAACCCUUUUAGCUAACCCUUAACCCAACCUUAAUCCUAACCCCUAACCCUAACCCCUAAACUUGCUAAUGUUAGCCAGCUAGCUAACGUUAGCGUUAGCCACUUAGCCACAACAAAUUUGAAUAUCAUACGUUUUUCAAAUUCGUAACAUAUAGCACGUUUCGCAAAUUUGUAACAUAUCAUACGAAUUGUAAUUCGUAACAUAUCAUAUGAAAUGGAUGAUGGACAUCCACAAAUUAAUACAUACAUUUACAUUUUAGUCAUUUAGCAGACGCUCUUAUCCAGAGCGACUUACAGUUAGUGAGUGCAAACAUUAUUAUUAUUAUAUAUAUUUUUCAUACUGGCCCCCCGUGGGAAUCUAACCCACAACCCUGGCGUUGCAAACGCCAUGCUCUACCAACUGAGCUACAUCCCUGCCGGCCAUUCCCUCCCCUACCCUGGACGACGCUGGGCCAAUUGUGCGCCGCCCCAUGGGUCUCCCGGUCGCGGCCGGCUACAACAGAGCCUGGAUUCGAACCAGGAUCUCUAGUGGCACAGCUAGCACUGCAAUGCAGUGCCUUAGACAUACCAUAUGAAAUGUAACAUAUCAUACUAAAUGGAGUGUCUCGGAUAUACGUAGAGAAUAAUACGAAAUGCUUUGAGACCAGGUUGGUGGAUAGAGAACUGUGUAGUGAUGACACUCUUCUGUGUUUGUGUGUCAUCUGAGGCUUCCUACAUCUUUCAUCCUCACAUCACUCCCUGAUAAUCCUAUAAGCUGCAUUGUUAUAGUGUGUGUGUGUGAAUAUGUGUGUGUCAGCUUUGUUCAGAGUGACCCACAGUCGGACAUCAGGAAAUAAGUAACUCACCGCUCUCUAAGAAUUGACCAGCUCACUCUUGCUUGUCCCUACUGUAGAGGCAAAGUAUUGCGGAUAAACAUGGUUUGGCAGUUGUUGUCAUGAAGAUAGUGAAACGUAGUGGAUGGAGCUAUGUUGAUUCUCUGUGUACUGUUGUCCCAUGACUAAAUGCUCCCUCGCUCCCCUCUCUCUCCCUCCCUGUCAUGUAGGCCUGUGUCCUGACUGGGAGACGUGGGAUCCUAGCCAGCCUGUGGAGAAUGCCAGGGAGGCCAUGCAGCAGGCUGACGACUGGCUCGGAGUGCCCCAGGUAACAUCACCACACCACCUACACUCACAUUCACUCCUGGUCUCACCUGGUUUAGUUCACAUAACCUGAACUCAUCCGUACUAGUUAAACUCAUAUAGUUAACACUCAUCUAGUUAAAGUCAUCUAGUUAAAGUCAUCUAGUUAAACUCAAAUCCACAUAAUUGCUUUAGACUCAGUUACUCUGAGGCAACUGGCUUCAGUGGUAAACAGCAGGGCAAUCUUUGGAAAGACUUUACAGCUUAAAGGUUGGUAAAAUGUAUUGUGAUAUAUUUAUAAAUGCACUGUAAGACUUGUCAUAAGCAUGUAUGAUCAAUCUGUUCUUUGAGUGUGAGUUGGAGUUGGAGUUGGAGUGGGUGGGUGUUUCCCAGGAGUCAUUCCACAGCCCGUCUCCUUUAGCCCAGGUGGUCCGUUAGAGGUCAUGACAGGGUUUGAGUGACAGCCAGAUAAACAGGAUGUAGGGGGCGUGUCCCUCUCUGUCUGAACAUCAUAUUUACAGACAGCUCUGCUGGUGACCAUUCUGGUCUGAUCCGGUCUGAACAGAGUAAGCUGGAGCUCAGGGCUGUUAUGUUUGUUGGCCACAUAGGCCUAUGUGGAUAAGUGUAUGUGGGAUUGUGUUCAGCUUGUUUCUUCAGUAUGUGGUUGUGGAGGUACAUUGGCAUGCUGCUGUACUGGACUGGGUCUUGGAGAGAGGAGAGGCCAGGUUGGCAUCAGGUUGGCUGGAUUCUGAAGAGGCGAGGCUGGGUUAACCAAUGCCACAACCAGGACCACUGGAGCAUGUUCAUAUGAAACCACAAACUGUCACACACUAGUCUAUAGCACUUCUAAAUUCUAAGAUGGAAAACAUGAACAGAAACUCUAUAUUCCCUGUGUUUUAUCGUGUCAAUAAGUAUUUCUUUCAAUGUAUUAAUUGGCCAAAACAUUAGUUACCACUAGCUGAAACAACCUUCUGCUCCUUAGUCAAUGAUUUUAAUACAGACCAAGGAAACCUGCAACUCUCUAUAGAGAAAUGAGGGGAGGAGAGAGAAGGCAGAUAUAUGGCGGCAUUAAUAUUAGGGAUUAGGAGGAUUGGUGAGACCAUGAUGGGCCUUGCUAUUUUCUGAAGCUGUUCUUAAUAAGUGUAUGCAUGUGUAUAGAGGAGGGAGCGUGUGUGUGUGUGUGUGUGCACGUGUGUGUUUUUGUGUGUGUGUGUAUGUUGUAUUUGAGCUUAUAUGGGAGGGUCCAGUCCAUCACUGUAUGGCAGAAAUGGGGCAAUCCCAGCAUGCUUGGAGCCCCGGGUCACAUGGUGGGAGUAACAAGGUCGUGGGACGUGUUUACAUCUUGAACAACUGAACCAGGAUCAGCUCUUGAUACCCCUGUCUAACCUUAAACAUUGUGAUCCCCAAAACACCACUGACCCUGUAUCAGUAGAGGAACACACAGAGAGUAGCAUAAUGGUUAACGCAGCGAGUGGCCAUGCUAAAUAAUGGCUGGUCUAUUUUCAGGCUCGCCCCCUGGCCCUACACCCAAGGGUUAAAUAUAGCCAGAAAACCCUCUGACACCCCUCAGAGAGAGAGAGAGAGAGAGGGAUCCACAUGGAUGACUGUAAAGAGAAAGAGAGACUAUUAGAAAGGGAGAAAAUAUGCCAUUUUGACACAAUGGAAUGCACAGCAUGAUGCAAGCUGGUUCAGAUCAACAUUCUCAGUCUGAAAACAGAGAACCUGUUGACAGACCCUUUAACAAGGUUGGGAAAGUCCUGAAGUCAUUUUGCCAAACUCAUUAUAUAUUCUGCCCAUGAGGAUUGGUUUAAGAUAUGAUAUCAGCAUAAUACAUUGGGAGUAGAAUACCUAUAGUAAGAGUCUGUGUAUGUAUGUAUGUAUGUAUGUAUGUAUGUAUGUAUGUAUGUAUGUAUGUAUGUAUGUAUGUAUGUAUGUAUGUAUGUAUGUAUGUAUGUAUGUAUGUAUGUAUGUAUGUAUGUAUGUAUGUAUGUAUGUAUGUAUGUAUGUAUGUAUGUAUGUAUGUUUGUAUGUAUGUAUGUACAGGUAUGUAUGCCUGAAGCAGUGGCACCUCUAGCAUGUACAGCCUGUUUCCUCUCAGAGCAACAAACCCUGUGGGUAUGUAGGUUUAUUAACUGCAAGUCGCUCUGGAUAAGAGCGUCUGCUAAAUGACUAAAAUGUAAAUGUAAUGUAAAAAUGUUUUAAAUUAGCAUGUGUGUGUGAGAGUAUGUGAGUGUAGGUGAGUGUGUGUGUGUUUCCACCUGUAAGUCCCCGUGUUGUAGUUGUGUAUAAUUAGGGACUCCAUUAUCCAGAGGGCUAUUUAAACACAGACAUUUCAUGUGCCUAACAGCUGCUGCAGAACUUUACAUCUCUCUCUCUCUCUCUCUCUCUCUCUCUCUCUCUCUCUCUCUCUCUCUCUCUCUCUCUCUCUCUCUCUCUCUCUCUCUCUCUCUCUCUCUCUCUCUAAUAUUUAUAUUUUUCCUUACAUCUCCCCCCUUUUGUCCCCUCUCUUUCUUUCUCUAUCUCAUUUCCAUCUCUUUCCUCACAUGUUCAAAGUCUCUCAUUGUCCUGCUCUCUCCUCCCUCCUCUCCCUCUGCUCUCUCCUUCCUCCUCUCCCUCUGCUCUCUCCUUCCUCCUCUCCCUCUGCUUUCUCCUUCCUCCUCUCCCUCUGCUUUCUCCUUCCUCCUCUCCCUCUGCUCUCUCCUUCCUCCUCUCCCUCUGCUUUCUCCUUCCUCCUCUCCCUCUGCUCUCUCCUUCUCCUCCCUCUGCUCUCUCCUUCCUCCUCUCCCUCGGCUCUCUCCUUCCCCUUCUCCCUCUGCUCUCUCCUUCCUCCUCUCCCUCGGCUCUCUCCUUCCCCUUCUCCCUCUGCUCUCUCCUUCCUCCUCUCCCUCUGCUCUCUCCUUCCCCUUCUCCCUCUGCUCUCUCCUUCCUCCUCUCUCUCUCUCCUUUCCCCACUUCUCUCUACUCAAACGUCACUCCUGUAGCUCACUCUAGCUCCACAUAGAUGAAAUGUCUUUCUCAAUAAAACACUGAUUACAUUAAACCACUCCAACAUGAUUUCCUGGUGGCAUUUCUCGCUUUUCUAUCCCCUCUCUCCUCCACUGCGAUCAUAAGGAAAACACAUUGUGAUGUUGGACAAUACAAAUAGCCUUUAAUUCCAUCAGAGCUGCUGCUUUUGAUUCCACUGCCCUGGUUUUCUGAGUCAUUUUACCAGUCUGUAGUUUUACAUCAACUUUACAGGCAGACGAAUAGCCUCAUUAGGCACUAUGUCUAUUUAAUGUAUUCCUUUGAUGUGCUUUCAAUUACCUCUUUAUCCUCGGGUUAGUAGUUAUUAAUACAAUAUUUAUUAUAAUGUUAUUAAAUCAUGCUUUGAUUGUGUGUUAGGAGAAACAGGAAGUGAUGUGAUAACCUUUUACCCCUUUGUUUGCGACACCUCUUCCAGUCCCCCUCUUCUUAUUAAAUCAGGCUUUGAUUGUGUACAGAGAGAAAGAGGAAGAGAGAGGCCCAACUUUGUGGAAAAUCUGUCUCCCUCCAGCAGGAGGCGUUUUUUUGUUGUUUCGCCUAUCAAGCAAGGAGUUUUUGUGUGGAGGUCAAUGAGAGAGUGUAAACUUUUGUCAACCAAAAAAGUUAAUGGCUUGUUUUCUUGGUGAGGUUUAUUUGAUCAAAUAGAAGUUUCAUAAUGCUUAAGUUGUUUUGAGUGUACUGAUAUAAGUAGGACAUGUGACAUCCCGUCAACUUAGAGAAAAAACACUUUAUAUCGGAGUUGUCUCGAGACGGCAAUGCAUAUUCAUGGUAUGAGUCUAGUAGCGUAGCCUCUCUCUCCAUUGAAUACAGGUGGUUGAAGUCAACAACCCUCAUCGAAUAUUCAAAAAAGGAUUACAUUAAUGAGAUAUACCCACCAAUCCAAAUAAAGGAUAGGCGGGAGCUAGACAGCCCUCCAUGCCGCUUUGUGGACAACGACUCCCAUUGUUAGGGCGGAGAGACAUGUAUCUUGUCAGUAUAUCCAUAAUCUUUGUUGUGUAUUAAGAGAAACAGGAAGUGAUGAUAACCUUUGACCCUGUGCACCGUCUAUUGUCUUCCCCCUCUCUGUAGGUGAUAGCCCCUGAGGAAAUAGUGGAUCCCAAUGUGGACGAGCACUCGGUGAUGACCUACCUGUCCCAGUUCCCCAAAUCCAAGCUGAAGCCUGGUGCCCCGCUGCGCUCCAAGACUCUGCACCCCAAGAAGGCCAAGGCUUACGGACCAGGUGAGAGAGAGAGACCGGGAUUGUAACAAAUGACCUCCUUCAAAGCAUCUUUAACUUCUUUAUCUAUAAAUAAAUUAUCUGGGCUCCCGAAAGGACUGACCUCUAUAAUAUAUAAACAACUUUUGGAAAGCUCAUAUUCUGAGCUAGCUAUUAAAAAUGGUGGUCCACAGAGCCAAACCUAACACUAUCUGCCAAUAAAUUUUAAGCAAUAUUGCCCCUGUCUGUCUGCGUGGGGUGUGUGUUUGUGUCUAUCACUCCUUGUGUGGCCAGUUGAUGUGAUAACUGUCUUGUGGGUUGACAUAAAUACUUUCCCCAAAACCUUCUCAAUUAAAUGUUAACUGCAAAGUAAGCUUACCUGGCAGAAGUAUAUCAUGAGUAAGUAUAUCAUUUAUAUCUAUUAUUUGUUAUUUGCAAACGUUGCCAUGAAAAUUAUUUAAAUUAUGUAUUAUUUAAAACAAUAUACAGUGGGGAGAACAAGUAUUUGAUACACUGCCGAUUUUGCAGGUUUUCCUACUUACAAAGCAUGUAGAGGUCUGUAAUUUUUAUCAUAGGUACACUUCAACUGUGAGAGACGGAAUCUAAAACAAAAAUCCAGAAAAUCACAUUGUAUGACUUUUAAGUAAUUCAUUUGCAUUUUAUUGCAUGACAUAAGUAUUUGAUACAUCAGAAAAGCAGAACUUAAUAUUUGGUACAGAAACCUUUGUUUGCAAUUACAGAGAUCAUACGUUUCUUGUAGGUCUUGACCAGGUUUGCACACACUGCAGCAGGGAUUUUGGCCCACUCCUCCAUACAGACCUUCUCCAGAUCCUUCAGGUUUCGGGGCUGUCUCUGGGCAAUACGGACUUUCAGCACCCUCCAAAGAUUUUCUAUUGGGUUCAGGUCUGGAGACUGGCUAGGCCACUCCAGGACCUUGAGAUGCUUCUUACGGAGCCACUCCUUAGUUGCCCUGGCUGUGUGUUUCGGGUCAUUGUCAUGCUGGAAAACCCAGCCACGACCCAUCUUCAAUGCUCUUACUGAGGGAAGGAGGAUGUUGGCCAAGAUCUUGUGAUACAUUGCCCCAUCCAUCCUCCCCUCAAUACGGUGCAGUCGUCCUGUCCCCUUUGCAGAAAAGCAUCCCCAAAGAAUGAUGAUUCCACCUCCAUUCUUCAUGGUUGGGAUGGUGUUCUUGGGGUUGUACUCAGAAAUAGAAAAAAAAUAUAGACCAAAAAGCUCUAUUUUUGUCUCAUCAGACCACAUGACCUUCUCCCAUUCCUCCUCUGGAUCAUCCAGAUGGUCAUUGGCAAACUUCAGACGGGCCUGGACAUGCGCUGGCUUGAGCAGGGGGACCUUGCGUGCGCUGCAGGAUUUUAAUCCAUGACGGCGUAGUGUGUUACUAAUGGUUUUCUUUGAGACUGUGGUCCCAGCUCUCUUCAGGUCAUUGACCAGGUCCUGCCGUGUAGUUCUGGGCUGAUCCCUCACCUUCCUCAUGAUCAUUGAUGCCCCACGAGGUGAGAUCUUGCAUGGAGCCCCAGACCGAGGGUGAUUGACCGGCAUCUUGAACUUCUUCCAUUUUCUAAUAAUUGCGCCAACAGUUGUUGCCUUCUCACCAAGCUGCUUGCCUAUUGUCAUGUAGCCCAUCCCAGUCUUGUGCAGGUCUACAAUUUUAUCCCUGAUGUCCUUACACAGCUCUCUGGUCUUGGCCAUUGUGGAGAGGUUGGAGUCUGUUUGAUCGAGUGUGUGGACAGGUGUCUUUUAUACAGGUAACGAGUUCAAACAGGUGCAGUUAAUACAGGUAAUGAGUGGAGAACAGGAGGGCUUCCUAAAGAAAAACGAACAGGUCUGUGAGAGCCGGAAUUCUUACUGGUUGGUAGGUGAUCAAAUACUUAUGUCAUGCAAUAAAAUGCAAAUUAAUUACUUAAAAAUCAUACAAUGUGAUUUUCUGGAUUUUUGUUUUAGAUUCCGUCUCUCACAGUUGAGUGUACCUAUGAUAAAAAUUACAGACCUCUACAUGCUUUGUAAGUAGGAAAACCUGCAAAAUCGGCAGUGUAUCAAAUACUUGUUCUCCCCACUGUAUAUAUUUAUACAACUUUUUUUAUGGGGGAUUGGAAAUGAUGCAGACAAUUAUGUUGAUAGAAGCCACAAUCUAUUUGCAAUAUUAAAGCUGAUCCCCACCCCCCCCAAAAUGCUUUCUUUGCCAUGAAAUGAGCAGCAGCAGUACAGAACCAUCCAUCGCUGGACAGACACAUUAGGUGGCACAUUCCUCACUCGCAAUUAAAGGGCCAGAUGCACAAUUAAAGGGGAGUUACACUCAAAAAUAAAAAAAAUAGUUUUCUUCCUGACCAAUAUUUUUUUUCAGAAUGUGAUUUAACCAUAGAUAUGGACUCAGAACAUGCAAUUUCGUUGUUUCUCUAUUAACCAUUUUAAUUUUGAGAGUAAAAAACUAUCUAAAAUAAGGAAAACUCAAACGGAGAAAGCAUAAUUUAGGAAAAAAUCUCCGAUUUUAUAGGGCCCCCCUUAGAGUUGUUUAUUAACCAUUAUUUUACUAGGUAUAUUGAGAGACAACAUAGUGCACUACUUUCUCUUGUACACUAAGGACCCGGGGUUGGAUGGAGACAUGUUGGUUGGGUGGGGUUGGGGGAAUGGGAUGGGAGGUUGGGGGUGGAGGCCCACUUGUUUUUUAUUUUCUUAUUCUGUUUAUACUGAAUGUAUUAUUACUUAAACUCUGUAUGUAUUUCUUAGUGGUUUCUUUUCUUCUUUUGAGUGGCAGCCUACGGGUAUAUGUUUUAUAAAUGUAUAAUUUGAAAUGUACAAUGCACCCCCCCCAACAAAAAAUAACUAAACAAAUAAAAUGUUGGUAAAAAAACAUACUUCGUUAACAUUCUACAUCUUCUAAAGGCUCAAUAGCCCAAAGGCCUUCUGGUUUAUACUGUAUAUUAGGUGCAAGAAAGAUGUCAACAUUAUUGUUGAAAAGGAAGGUGUUUCAUCCUGUUUGCACCUGUCAGCACAGAGUAAGUGACAGAGGGCUCUCACAUCUAGUUCUUUACUCCUGCUUACUGUCUCCAUCCUUUUCCCCGUCAGGUAUUGAGCCCAGAGGUAACAUGGUGCUGAAGCCGGCUGAGUUCAUCGUGGAGACAGUGGAGGCGGGGCUAGGGGAGGUGCUGGUCUACGUGGAAGACCCAGAGGGACACACAGAGGAGGUGGGGCACAUUUACUCACAUUAACCCUUAACUCCUCGUUCCGUUAUUCCUCCCCCCUGGAGUUGCUGUUCAUUUGCCCACACAGUUCUUCACAUCCAUCUUAUAUCUCUCCCAUCUCACCCCUCUCUUUCUGUUCCAGGCCAGAGUGAUCCCCAACAACGACAAGAACAGGACCUACUCUGUCAUCUACCUGCCCAAAGUGGAGGGCCUUCACAAGGUAACAUGUAUCUCAGUUUUUAAACUUCAAUAUUAUGGGAUUUCCUCCAGCGGUCUAACAGGGGUCUAUGCAUGUUCCUCUCCCCAGGUGAAGGUGCUGUUUGCUGGGCAGGACAUAGACAGGAGUCCCUUUGUGGUGAGUGUGUCCAAGGCCAUGGGAGACCCCAACAAGGUGCAGGCCAGAGGACCAGGACUGGAGCCUGUAGGCAACGUGGCUAACAAGGCUACCUACUUUGACAUCUACACAGCAGGUAACACACACAUACACAUCUGGGGAGGACCAUGUUCAUGGUAUGGAAGUAGACACUCUAUCUACCUUUCCUAUAGAAAUCACCUAGUUUCGUCAAUAGGGUUGUAAGUAAAUCUAAGGAUCUUUUAGAAUUAUCAGAAGCUUUGCAAUACUAGCUGAGGUUCAUUCCUUCAAUCAUGAUGACAAAGUACGUUUAUGUAUUUGUUCUCUCUAAUGUCCUUCAGUGUUACGCCAAUUUCUGUCCCCUGAGCACACAGUAUAAGGUGUUAGUACAUCUCUUUUUGUCCCCAGGUGCUGGUGCUGGAGAUGUGGGUGUGAUCAUCGUGGACUCCCAGGGCAGAAGAGACACUGUGGAGAUCAUUCUGGAAAACAAGGGGGACAGUAUCUUCCGUUGCACCUAUGGCCCUAUCCUGGAGGGGCCUCACAUUAUCUAUGUGACGUUUGCUGGGCAGCAGAUACCCAGAAGCCCUUUCACCGUCCACAUCUCAGAGGGUAACACACACACACACACACACACUACACACACACACACACACAGACACAGAUUUAGUUGAUUGUACUGAUUUGUUACAGUAAUCCACUAUCUGACUCCCUCCCUCUCUUUCUAAUCUGAGUAAUAUUGAGUUUUAAUGUCUAGACUGACCUCACUACUAAACAUUUGAUCUCCAUAACUGACAGUGAUAUCCUGCCAUAACAGACAGGCCACCGGCAUGGUCUGAAGUUUUUUGGGUUCUUCUGAAAAGUGUUGGGUUAGGGUUGGUGAACUCUUGGUUUGCGGGAAGACUCUGGAUGGGUUCUGAGUGUUGGGGCGGCAGGGUUCUAAGCUGUGGGUUCUGGUGGUUCUCCAGAGUGACCCUGUCCUGUUCCUGCGUGUGUGUCAUGUCGUUGUUGUUCCUCCAUGCAGCUCCACCGAGCGCCCUGCCCCCCGGCUCUCCGGUGCAGAUAGUGCCCCAGUCCAUACGCACCCCACCCACAGACAAGGCCAAGAGAGUGCCCCCCCCAACACCGCCCAAACCCAGGCGACCAAGUUAGUACAGGCCUGCCCGUGGAGGAGAGACCGGAGCCUGCCUGCGCUAGCCUGGUCCCCCCUAAACUCAAAACUACACCCCCAACCCCCUCGACGCACCGCACCAGGGGGUCCCCAGCUUGAUGGCAUGUGCUGGCGCUUAGCCCUCUGUGGUUUCAUCCCCCCUUCAACUCAGGCAGCUUCCAAAGAGAGAGAAUGAGAGGGAAUGAGUGAGUGUGUAACUGAAAGAGGAAAUGAAAGGAUGAGAGUGAGAGAAUGCAAGAAUGAAAGAAAAUGAAGAGAGUGAAUGAGAGAAAGAAAUGCAGGUCCCCUUCAUUUUAACAACAGAGGAAGCACCAUCCAUCUAUGUGGUUGGCUGGUUUUGGACGGUCACCUUUACAGACGCUCAGCAGUUCUUCAACACACAGAGGUCACACACUUACAGUUCAUCACCUCCUUCAAAAAUAGGAGUACAUUACAAUUGGUUAUCCAACAUUGUUUUAUUGCAAUAAUAUUUGAAUACUGGAUAUCAAAAAAGUUAUCAAAUAAUCCCACACAAAUUUAUUUUUACCCAGUUUGUAGCUCACUUUGGCUCAAUAUCCUGUAACACGUGAUUUUAUUUCUUCCAUGUGUGACGUUACAUUUACUUGACGAUUUACAACAGAACUAAUGAGUAACAACACCCAGUAAAUUAACAUAAAUAUAUUUUAACAAAAAACAGCACCAUUUUUUAAUGAUAGAUUCCCAAUUAACUUUUUGAUAACCCUGAAACAAACAAUCCUGUUCAAGUCAAACAAAAAUCGAUUGUCUUAACCUUUGACCUUUGUUUCAUUUGACGAGAGCGAACGUCAGUGUGACCGUCCAGACGUGUGUGAGUCUUACAUACCUCAUUACACUGUCUGCUCGUCAUCCUCAUCUUCAUCCACCCCAGACCAAAGCAAUGGCUCUGUGUUCAGUCAGCCAUUUACAACCCAUCUUUUCUGACUAACACUGAACAUGCAAAUGCUCCUCCAUUUUUAGCUCCUUUUUAACCUGACAUUUUUAAAAGCUUUUUCAUAACAUAACAAAACAAUAACAUUGUUUGUCUUCAUAACCCAUUUUAAUAACAGCCUCUCUAUAAAUAAGUUUUCCAUACAUAUAUUUUUCUUUUUAUUAAGUUAUUUUAUUACGUUUUUUUCCUUUUUUUCUUUUGGUCAUUUAUAAACUUAAGCGGUUUAAAAUGAUGACGAAUUGGGAGAAUUAGCUGGUUAUUUCUUCCUAAUUUGACAAAAAUGCUUUCUGUGGCUAAGGCAUUUUUACAGUCCUAUUACAGCACUGGUCAUUAGCUAAUGGAAAGCCUGCAGCAUCAUAACUCAAAAUGUUUUCAUAGUUAUGCUAGCUAUAUUUCUUUGGAAUGUUUUUCCAUCUAACUAGAGGUUCACCGUGUCACGUCAUUGUAUUCAAGCACAUUGAAAUUAUUCCAGAAACCUUUCAACAAGUCUUUUUGUUUUCAUUCUGCCAAUCUUAUCCAUUUAAACCCAGUGUCUUACAGUAAUCCCUCUUCGCUCUCUGUCUAGCUGUUCUGCAGAUAUAUAACUCCUAUUCAAUGUCCAUCUCUCCUGUUGCUUCCUCCCUGGCAGCCCAUGUAGACUGUGCUUCAUGCAGCACCAUUCAACUGACUAACUAACAGCCAACCUCUGCAGCAGCCUGUGUGUGUAUGUAUCCUGUUAUCUUCUUGUCUAACCCUGUUACCCCUCGGUGGUCCCACAGCCAGCAACCCCAACGUGUGCCGGGCCUCAGGGAGAGGCCUCCAGCCUAAGGGAGUGAGGGUGAAAGAGGUGGCUGACUUCAAGGUGUACACCAAGGGAGCCGGCAGCGGAGAGCUCAAGGUCACCAUCAAGGGGCCAAGUGAGUGUGUGGAUAUGAAUAUAAUUUGUCAUAUUGUUUAUGACUUGCCACCACAUUAAUGUAUUGGUUUCAUAGGGGCAUAAAUAAUCUUCAUGAAAUGUAAUGGCUUUCAAUGGUCUAGUUGUGAUAGGAAGGCUACAGUAUGUUGUGGCUAGCCUUUGACCUCUGAGCUGCUGUGUGUGACCCCCCAGAGGGAAUAGAGGAGCCUGUGAAGGUGUGUGAUGCGGGAGACGGGGUGUAUGAGUGUGACUACUACCCCAUCAUGACUGGCAAAUACACCAUCACCAUCACCUGGGGCGGACAGACCAUCCCACGCAGGUGAAACCCUAUCUUCCCCCUAUUCUGCUGUGGGCACAACCACAUGAAAGCUACAAAGGCAGUGGGCUGAACCAUUACUGGCUUUCCAGGGGUUUCCUGGAAGGGCAGAUGUUGAAAUAACUUAAAGGAGCUGAAAUGACCUGUAAUAAAUCAUGUUAUGAAGCGUACAUUCCUGCAUUCCUUGGAGGUUAAUGGCCGAGGGGGAGGGGGGAGUGGAGGGGGAUGGGGGGAUGCCUGUUUGUAUCUUUGUUGCCUGUGUAUCACUGCUGACAGUCAAUGGGGCUAUAGAGGAUUUCUGUUUGACUUGACCACCCCUGACUGUAUGUGUGUCUAUGUAUGUAUGUGUGUUUGUGUCUGCAUUAACAUGUGUGUGUGUGUGUGUGUGUGUGUUUCCUGCAGCCCGUUCGAGGUGGUGGUAAGUGAGGAUGUUGGGCUCCAGAAGGUGAGGGCGUGGGGGCCGGGUCUGGAGACAGGCAUGGUGGGGAAGUCAGCUGACUUUGUGGUGGAGGCCAUCGGCACGGAGGUGGGAACUCUGGGUAAGUCUAGUCUGACAGUCGGCUGUUAGAACAGAAAGACCCAGGAUAACGCUGCAGAAUGCUCUCUCAUUAUUUUAUUGGCCAGAGGGGAUGGACUGUUUUCCAUUUAAAUUCUGGCAUGACUGUCAGGCAUUUCCAAGCACACGUACACACACACACACACACACACACACACACACACACACACACUGUCAAGCGCAUGUGUACACACACACACACACACACUGGAGGCUGUCCGUAAUUGUUAGCAGUUGGAGAGUUGGAGAGAUUAAAGCCCACAUUUUUGGGGUCACUUGUCACUGCAACCAACGCAAGGCCUGAGGGCUUCCUGUUCCUGUCACAUGACCAGUCUGACCUGCCAGCUGAGGGAGGAAACUAAAGGUCAUGACCCCUGAUGAUUCACCUCAUCACAGUUAUUAUUUGAAUUAAGAUGAACUUACAACAAAACCAACCUGCCAAUCUUUCUUAGUCUGUUGUCAUCUAUGCCUGUUUGUCUCUUUGUUGCCUGUGUAUCUGUAUCUGUGUGUGUGUGAGCUUGUAUCUCUACCCACCUCUAUAUAAUGUGUAUCUAUAUCUCUCUCCCUGUCUCUGUCAAUCCCCAGGUUUUUCCAUCGAGGGCCCGUCGCAGGCUAAGAUAGAGUGUGAUGAUAAGGGCGACGGGUCAUGUGACGUGCGUUACUGGCCCACGGAGCCUGGCGACUAUGCUGUUCACGUCAUCUGUGACGACGAGGACAUCAAGGACAGCCCCUUUAUGGCCCACAUCCUCCUCGCAGCCAAUGACGUGUUCCCUGAGACGGUUAGACCCCACCCCUUCAUAUUUACCCCACCAGCCUGUAGAACGAGAAUAAUAAAGUGACGUAACAGUAAGAGAAUGGUAACAUACUGUAAUAGUGACGUAAUAAUGACAUAAAGGCUACAUAAGGAUGACAUAACAGCAUUAUGAAUGCCCUCUCCUUGCAGGUGAAGUGCUAUGGUCCAGGUCUGGAACCUAUUGGCUGCAUUGUCAACAAACCAGCAGAGUUCACCAUUGAUACAAGUGGAGCCGGCAGGGGCCAGCUCAAGAUUUACGCCCAGGAUGCAGAGGGCUUCCCCAUCGACAUCCAGAUCACAGAGAACGGAGACAGCACCUUCCUCUGUGUCUACAUUCCCACCAAGCCCAUCAAACACACCAUUAUUAUCACCUGGGGAGAGGUCAACGUCCCCAACAGUCCCUUCAGGGUAAGACUGUCCACCCAUCUAUCAUACUGUAGCCAAAUACCAAUUAGAUCAGGGCUCUCCAACCCUGUUCCUGGAGAGCCAACCUCCUGUAGAUUUUCAUUCCAACCCCAGUUGUAACUAACCUGAUUCAGCUUAUCAAUCAACUAAUUGUUAGAAUCAGGUGCGCUAGAUUAGGGUUGGAGUGAAAACCUACAGGACGGUAGCUCUCCAGGAACAGGGUUGGAGAGCCCUGUGUUAGAUACACAUACAGUACGUACAUACAUCACUUACAGAAUUGUAUAGCAAAUUCAGACUCAUUUGCAAUGAUAGUAUACAGCUUUGUACAAUGUUACAGUACUAGUAAUGCGUGUUCAUUGCUGUGUGUAUGUGUGUGUGUGUGUGUCAGGUGACCAUCGGAGAGGGCAGCCACCCAGAGAAUGUGAAGGUGUAUGGUCCAGGUGUGGAGAAGUUAGGUCUGAAGGCUAACGAGCCCACCUACUUCACUGUGGACUGCAGCGAGGCAGGGCAAGGUGAGAUACAACAAAGAAAUAGAACACAUAGAAGGGUCUUCACUAUUCAACUUUGUAGCCAACAGUUUGAAACCUGAAUGGGUGUUGUUGAGUGGGUUUUAGCACUGAAGAGUAUUUUCUUGCCAUCCACCUUCUCAAUGUUAAACAAUCUUACUUGCUUUUUCCACUCCAAUUUUCACCCCCUUCCUGAAUUCCCUAAUCCUGGACCCCUUCACUCCCAUUCCCAUUCCUCAGGUGAUGUCAGUAUCGGCAUCAAGUGUGCUCCCGGCGUGGUCGGCCCGGCGGAGGCCGACAUCGACUUUGACAUCAUCAAGAACGACAAUGACACGUUCACUGUGAAGUACAUGCCCCCCGGCCCCGGACGCUACACCAUCAUGGUGCUUUUCGCUGAUCAGGUGAGAGAAAGAGAAAGUGAAACUACACCGCCAUUUUGGAUUUUUAGCUCAGUUAUUAUGAAACCAAAUAAUAACAAUGACCUUCCAACUUUGACCCUUGACACAGGAAAUACCCAUCAGCCCAUUCAGGAUCAAGGUGGACCCCUCCCAUGACGCUAACAAGGUGAGGGCGGAGGGACCCGGACUCAACAAGACAGGUGAGACUUCUAGUAAUCAUGACAACAAGCCACCGACAUGGCCGAUAGAUCAAAAUCACAUACAAUAAUGGUCCUCUGUAGCUCAAUUGGUAGAGCAUGGCGCUUGUAACGCCAGGGUAGUGGGUUCGAUCCCCGGGACCACCCAUAUGUAAAAAUGUAGGCACACAUGACUGUAAGUCGCUUUGGAUAAAAGCGUCUGCUAAAUGGCAUAUUAUUAUUAUUAUUUAUGCUAAUAAUGACCAUAGAGAUUCAAAACAAUGGACAUUAAUGUCCAAUUCUGGAGUUUUAUUUAAUUUGAUGCUAAUGACUGUUAAUGCAGCUGAUUAGUAGAUUGGUUGAAUUGAUCAUGAAUGCCCCUCUGUGUGACAACGUCUAGGUGUGGAGGUAGGUAAGCCCACCCACUUCACCAUCUACACCAAGGGAGCAGGCAAGGCCAAGCCUGAAGUGCACUUCACCGGAGCAGCCAAAGGGGACGCUGUCCAAGACUUUGAGAUCAUUGACAACCAUGACUACUCCUACACCGUGCGCUACACGGCAGUGCAACAGGUAUGUAACCAUGACUACUCCUACACCGUACGCUACACUGCAGUGCAACAGGUAUGAGUUCACAUAAGGCCAAGAUUCCUCACAAUCUCUAUACAAUCUGUAUUGUUUGAAGUAUGAGUUAUUUCCUGGCUCCUCUGUUUGGAUGAUGUGUUAUUGGGUUAAAAUGGGGAGGAAGACCUUGGUAAGAUGGUGAUUGAAAUGUUUAAGCUGCUGAAGUCUGUACAAAUAUGUUCAGUAUGUCCAUAUGUCAUAAUAUAACACCGCAUUAUCUCUUUCUGUCUGUCCAUGCAUCCCAAGAGCCCCUCGCUUCUGUUCGAGCCAUCUCUCCGUCUGUCCACAUCCAGAGCGCCCGCCUUGUGCGCCCCCGGAAAUGAGGAGAGAGAGAGAGCGUUUUUUAGAGUUCUUUUUGUUACGCUAGAUAUCGAUCGGUUCCGGCGCGACGAGCGAUGUCGAGGGAGGAGGGUCUUCUAGGGCGCGAGAGAAGAGCGAGCGCGUAGAGAGUCUAAGACGCAAGCCUGAGCGUCGCUCGCUCGAGCGAGAUGUCUCUAGCUCAUAGAGUCUCUUUCUUCCUAAAAUAGCCCCCCAGGAUCUUUAGCGGAGAGAGAUCACAACCAGGCUAUGACCCCUAUUACCCACUCUCCUUCCCUCUCUCCCUCUCUCUCUACACCUCUCUGUCUCCCCCCUCUCUCUCUGUCUAUCCAUCUCUCAGGGUAACAUGUCUAUCUCAGUCUGCCACGGCGGUGACCCCAUUCCUAAGAGCCCCUUCAACAUCACAGUGGCUCCGCCCCUUGACCUCAACAAGGUCAAAGUUCAAGGGUUGAACAACAGUGAGUCCGCCCCCACACGUACUGUUAUUUUACUAAGAAACUGACCAGGAAAAAAACCACUGUUCAUCAUAUGGAAGAGUUUGACCUCAUGACCUCCAACACAUUCGUCUUCCCCAGAACACACAGUCAUAGAUACAACUUUGGCCUUCUUCUGACAGUUACUUCCUUUAAGAAGUUAUAUCAAAUCAACUGGCCCUCCUUUGUGAUAUUCAAUACUGCCAAGGAAUUAUUUGACUGAUGCACCAUGGACAGUAUAGUAUUUGUUUUGUGUGAUGGCUUGGCUCCAUAGUCGUACAGAAAAUAAAUCAAUAUUUGGUUGUAAUAUAAUUAUGAUCCCCUAGGUAUCUAAUCAUUCCAGUUGUUAAAUUAAAAGCUAUUGUUUCACUUUGGUGCCAAACAGCAAUGUAGGCUAUAGCCCGGCCUGAUCCCCUCUGUCUGUCUGUGUGUGUGUGUGUUUGUGUGUGUGUGUGUGUGUGUGUGUGUUUGUGUGUUUGUGUGUGUGACCUACAGAGGUUGACGUUGGGAAGGAUCAGGAGUUCACAGUGAGCAUGCACGGCGCCGGUGGCCAGGGCAAGUUGGAUGUGAAGAUCACCUCGCCCUCUCGUCGGCCAAUCCCCUGCAAGCUGGAGUCUGACACGGCCAACGAAGUGCACACUGUGAAGUACAUUCCCCCUGAGGAGGGACCCUACAAAGUGGACAUCAGCUAUGAUGGGAACCCUGUGCCUGGGAGCCCCUUCACUGUGGAGGGGAUGAUGCCCCCUGACCCCUCAAAGGUAGGAUACACCUGAGACAAACACACACACACAACCUGUGUACUGGACAGUAAGCACUGUAGAAUACAGAGUGUAGCUGCGAUUACUUCACCAAAAGAUUGAGUGGAUAAUUUAGUGGGUUUUACACUUUGAGCUAUGCUGGAAGGAAUGUUCAGACAUUUCACAAUACUGUAUGCCGCUCUAUAGAGCGAUGGGUUCAGUCUGCAUGGGGUUAGAUGGUAAGGAGGACCUGGCUUUGGUCCAGUCUGCAUGUACUGUAUCAGUCUCUAUAGGGCCUGUAGGGCAGCAGUCCUGGUGGUCCAGUGGAGAGCUAUAGGGAGGAACUUCCAUUAGUACAUGACUUAAGGAGGCUUCCACUCUGAUGACACACAUAAUUGCAUCCAGUUUCCAUUUAACACCUGUCAGAGAGGGUCUAACUCAAAACCCAGUGUGUCCCAUUAUUAGUGAGUAUCUUCACCCCCCUCUCCUUGUGCCUUUUUUCAUCUCCCCAUCUCCCCCUUUAUCCAUCUCUUCUUGUCCCAUCCAUCCUCUUUCCCAGUCUGUCUUUAGUAUAGUAACGUCUCCCCUUGGCAUAGUUUUUCCAUACUAUACUAUUUCCCUCCUUGACUCUCCCCUGGUCCACUGGUCCUCCCGAGUCAGACAGACAGGUCCAGGAGCGGUAGAAGUAUAAUACAGUGAUAAUUAAACAAAUUCAUCACUCUGAUCACCUGGGGGCUGUUUGCUUUGGCCAAGACUCAUCCAGAGAGUACCAAUCAUUAACCAACGUCAGAAGGUGUGUGUCUGUAUGUGUUUCUGUGUGUGAAAGAGACAGAGAGAAACUAUGUGUGUGUGUGAGUGAUUACCUUUGUUCACAGUCAGAUGAGUCAGGCGGUGAGGUCACUGCUGUCCCAUGUGGGACUGGGGCAUUGGUCCAUAGCAGACCUGACCCCCUUCGCCAGAUGUCCCCCCCCCCCACUAUAUUACUGAUAUUCCAAUAGCACUUAAUAUUGCAUGCUCCAUUUGAUUUGUAACAUAGAGCACCCAUUUCGAUCUAAUCACCCCCUCUGAGCUGUUAGUCUAACGGUUUCUCCCCCCUGCUGUCUCCCAGGUGCGUGCCUACGGCCCAGGCCUCCAGGGGGGCAUGGUGGGCAAGCAGGCCCCUUUCGCCAUUGACACCAAGGGUGCGGGCACUGGCGGGCUGGGCCUGACCGUGGAGGGGCCAUGCGAGGCCAAGAUUGAGUGCCAAGACAACGGUGACGGCUCCUGCUCUGUCUCCUACCUGCCCACAGAGCCCGGCGAAUACGCCAUCAACAUCCUGUUUGCAGAGCAGCACAUCCCCGGCUCCCCCUUCAAGGCCAUGGUACAGUCCGUGUUUGACCCCAGUAAGGUCACGGCCAGUGGGCCAGGCCUGGAGAGAGGGAAGGUCAACGAGGCAGGGUCGUUCGUAGUGGACUGCUCCAAAGCUGGGGAGGCUGAGCUGACCAUUGAAAUUAUUUCCGAUUCGGGGUCGAAGGCGGAGGUGCAUGUUAAGAACAACAGUGAUGGGACCUAUUCUAUCACAUACAUCCCACAAUUCCAUGGCACGUAUACUAUCACCAUUAAAUACGGGGGACACGCCGUGCCCAAGUUCCCCGCCCGUGUGCAGGUGGACCCAGCCGUGGACACCAGCGGGGUGAAGGUGUACGGACCAGGAGUGGAACCCAGAGGUAAGAACAUUCACAUAUUUAGAUAAUGGUCGUUAUCAUCAUCAUCAGGAUGGAUAAUAGGCUUUUCUCUUUGACUGUUUUUCACUGAAUCUAGACAGGGGCUUUUCAGAAUUCAGGCUUCAUUGCACAUAUUUGAUACAGAAUUCAAACAGGAUUUCCACUGAAUAGUUUCUGUGUGAGUCAAACAAGCUUUUGGACUUAAAAAGAUGGUCUGUAGUUCAUAAAAGACACAGUCUGUAGCCUACUUCCAUGACUAAUAUGAAUGAAGUAGUUCAUUCUUAAGGUGCCAAAUGAAAUAUAAGUGAGUGUCACAUAAAGGUUGUAACUUAAAUCGGAGGCUACCACAUCCCUGCUGUUCAAAAGACUCUCUCUGCAUCCAAAAUGGCACCCUAUUCCCUAUAUGGUGCAAAAGAAGUGCUCUAUAUAGGGAAUAGGGUGCCAUUUUGGACACAGUCUCUGUGUUGUUGUGGAAGGAUCUUGCCUUCCUCCCUCUCUCUCACUGCUAGUCUAACCCUUGACUGAGUUCAGGCCAGCCAUUACGUCAAACACAGGGUGAAUGUCACAGUAAAGCAAAAUAAACCAAGAGCUCAGGCCAAAAUAUGUCCAUCUCCUCUCUAUCCCUCUAUCAUUUCAUUCCAUUGUGUUUCAAAGCACAAAGGCAGUCUUUCCUACCUUUAUCACUCCCCUUGCUUGUCCAGCGCUUACUCUAUUUCUCUCUCUCUCUCUCUCUCUCUCUCUCUCUCUCUCUCUCUCUCUCUCUCUCUCUCUCUCUCUCUCUCUCUCUCUCUAUCUCUCUCUCUCUCAAUUAAAUUCAGUAUACUUUAUUGACAUGGAAAGUAAACACGCAAACAUAUAGCGACGAUGGUCAAAGACAGCAAUAUACUAGACUAUUUGUAAUUAAUUCUUAAGAGUCUAAGCCGUUGGGGGGCAGGUUCUAAGCUGACAUAUGGAAUUGUUUUAAGUUGGUCAUACCAUGGAUCAUUUACUGUAGCUAUUUGAUUUUGAAUUUUAGGACCCCUUUAGGUAUAACAAAAAUAUAUAAAACAAGUAUUUGUUAAAAUAUUGAAUUUGGCCUUUACCCAUAUAGCCCAAAUAAAUGCAUUGACUAACACAUUCAUAAAUGGCAAAAGAGACAGUCAAAGAAUAAAUCAUAAGGAAUAAGGUUUUGAGGUGUCUGUCCUAUAUCUAGGAGAUAUAAGACACAGGAAAUAUAAUGAAGCAAUAAUAAUGAUAGUGAUACUCAUAUUAACAACAAAUACUAAUAAAGAAUAGGCUAAUAUGAAUAAUCACACUAUACUUCUCACUGGCUGCCCCUUAGGUUGAAUAAUCACACUAUACUUCUCACUGGCUGUCCCUUAGGUUGAAUAAUCACACUAUACUUCUCACUGGCUGCCCCUUAGGUUGAAUAAUCACACUAUACUUCUCACUGGCUGUCCCUUAGGUUGAAUAAUCACACUAUACUUCUCCCUGGCUGCCCCUUAGGUUGAAUAAUCACACUAUACUUCUCACUGGCUGUCCCUUAGGUUGAAUAAUCAUACUAUACUUUUCACUGGCUGCCCCUUAGGUUGAAUAAUCACACUAUACUUUUCACUGGCUGCCCCUUAGGUUGAAUAAUCACACUAUACUUCUCACUGGCUGCCCCUUAGGUUGAAUAAUCACACUAUACUUCUCACUGGCUGCCCCUUAGGUUGAAUAAUCACACUAUACUUCUCACUGGCUGCCCCUUAGGUUGAAUAAUCACACUAUACUUCUCACUGGCUGUCCCUCAGGUUGUGGCAGGAGGCCACACAUUUGGCUGCUGAAACACAGCAUUUUUGUUUUUCACCAAGUAUGUAUUUAAGUUUGUCUUCAUCAUUUAGGUCUUCAAAUUCGUUGUGUUGUUUUAUAAUUUGGGGGAAGAAUGUAUUUCUUAUGUCAGAAUAUCUGUCACAGUUUGACAGAAAAUACAGCUCUAUCUCUAUCUCUUCCUGGGGGCAGAAUGAGCACACUGAGCUCACUGAGUCUGUAAAUAGUUUGUGUUUUCCUCAGUUUUCUGUCAGUCACUGUGGUCAGAUAGUCUGCCACCGUGUACUGUCUGUAUAGAGCUAAAUAGCAUUUAAGUUUACUUUGAUGAUUUGUGUGGGGGGGGUUGUGAUAAUUUGGUAGGAUUGGCCAGAUUUUCUGGGUGCUGUCCUGAUGAUUUGUUGGGUUGGUAGGGGUUAGUGAAUUGAGCCUCAGGACUACCUGGCUGAGGGGACUCUUCUCUAUGGUCACCUCUUGGCAGUUGAGGGUUUUGUAAUGGUAGGAGUAGGGGUCACUUGUUUUUAAAUGAUUAUACAAUUUGGUGGCUCUUUUUUUUAUAUUAAUCAGAAGAGGGAAUUGGCCUAAUUCUGCUCUGCAUGCAGUGUUUGGAGUUUUUCUCUGUACUCUGAGGAUGCUCUUACAGAAUUCCACAUGCAGUGUUUCAAUUGGGCCUUGGUCACAUUUGUCGAAUUCUUGUUUUAUAAGCAGACCCCACACUUCACUGCCAUAUAGGGCAAUUGGUUAUAUUAUUGAUUAGAAUGCUUGGAGCCAGAUUCUAAUUGGUAUGUUUAAUUUUAUAUAUAUUUUAAUUGGCAUAGAAAGCCCUCCUUGCUUUGUCUUUAAGUUAAUUCACGGCCAGGUUGAAGUUCCCUGUGGAGCAGAUUUUUAGUCCCAAAUUAUGUGUAGGUAUGUGUUCUAUAUCAGUGGAGCUCAGUAAAAAUGGAUAUCGGUUUCCCUGACAUCUGGAUCUUUUCUGGAAUAUCAUCAUUUUUGUCUUUUUGACAUUGACAGUCAGGGCCCAGGUCUAACAGAACUGUUGCAGAUUAUGUCAUUGUCGCUGCAAACCCCUCUUUUGUGGGGAACAGCAGCACCAGGUCAUCUGCAUGCAGGAGGCAUUUUAUUUCUGUGUCGUUAAGAGUGAGACCGGGGGCUGUUGAUUGUUCUAUUGUUUUUGCCAAUUCAUUAAUGUAUGUAUUAAAUAUACUUGAGCUCCGGUUGUUCCCCUGUUUCACUCCGCGUCCUUGGGAAAAUAAAUGUGUAUGUUUAUUUUCAAUUUUGACUGCACAUUUGUUAUUUCUUUACUCUCUCUCUCUCUCUCUCUCUCUCUCUCUCUCUCUCGCUCUCUCUCUCUCUCUCUGUCCUUUCUCUCCAAAUCCUAUUCUCUCUCCCCUAUCUUUUUCCGUCUGUAGCGGAAGGAAAAUAAACAAUUAGCUGUAGCGACCUGACCACAGCUUGACUGACAUUACUGACCCACACGGCCCUGUCUGGCUUUGAAUUGUCUUGGACGAUCCUGAUUGGCCAUGUCUGACUGUGAGGGGUUGUGAUUGCUUUGUGAUUGGCUGGUUGUGUUCCUGAUUGGCGGUGAUUGGCUGGGCUUUUAAAGCCAGUGGAAUUGAUACUGCAGAUGCAGACGUGCGGCUGUCAAUGGGGGUUUGUGUUAACUCAGACAGACCUGCUGUCGAAUUAGUCUCAUCUUAGAUCCCUAGGGAAAAGUUAGAGAUAGACAGGGGGAAGAGAGAAAGAAAGAGAAAUGUGUGUCUAUCACAUAGAGAGAAAGAAAAAGCGAUCAGAGCACAGGAGGCUGCUGAGGGGAAAACGGCUCAUAAUAAUGUCUGGAACGGAGCAAAUGGAAUGGCAUCAAACACAAGGAAACUAUGUGUUUGAUGUAUUUGAUACCAUUCCACUGAUUCUGCUCCAGACAUUACCACGAGCCCGUUCUCCCCAAUUAAGGUGCCACCAACCUCCUGUGGAUCAGUGAACGAGGGACAAAGACAGAAGUACAGACAGACAGACAGAUAGGCAGCAAGCCAGCCAACCAGACAGACAGACAGAUAGGCAGCAAGCCAGCCAACCAGACAUCCAGACAGACAGACAGACAGAUCAACCAAGCUCCACUUACAUACUGUAUCAGUGUUGUCCACAGGGGUCCUGAGGGAGGUGACCACCCAUUUCAUCGUGGACGCCCGUGCCAAGAGCAAGACCGGGGGCAGCCAUGUCAAGGUCCGCAUCAUCAACCCCUCAGGCACCAACACAGACGCCUACAUCACUGACAAGGGAGACGGCACCUACAGAGUGGAAUACACUGCCUUUGAGGAUGGUAAUUCUUUGAAUGUGUUGAGUCAUGCAUUUGGUGCAACUGCACCAUUAAUGUGAUGUACAUUCUAUCUAGAGGACAUUAUGAUGGAUGAAGCAGAAUAUCAGGCACAAUGUAUUAUCUGCCACACAUAACACCAAAACUCAUAGGAAAGUCAUUAGAUUGCCUUGGAUUUUAUUGUACCUGAAUGAGUCCAGAGCCAACUCAGUACACCCAUCUGAUUGGCUUAUAGCCCCUCUGAGGCCUGUAGUGAUGGAGUCUGGGUAGCCUUGGGGCUCACCCUGUUUUAUUAAUGUUUUUCCAGCGCAGCACGUCGUAAUUCCAAAGCAAAAACCCUUGUGGCUUUCAUAAAAUAAACUGUUUUCCCUCCCCCUUAGCCAGGGGGAAAAGAUCAGAGCUCAGCUGUUCUACCCUUCAUGACUUUAACAGACUCUAGCCUGCCAGGAAGCGGUGUGAUUUCUCCCAGUGUAGGCCCCUUGGCCCAUAUUCACCAAGUGGCUAUAAGUAGGAACACUGAUAUAGGAUCAGUUUGGGGGAUCUGAUCGUAGAUCAGCACUCCUACUGUGAUAUAAUUUGUGAAUACAGGCCCUGGCUGGAGAUACGAGAGGAGUUAGAGAGAGGUGGGAGGGGGUUGAUGUAUAUAUAGGCCCAGGCUGUUGAGGACACAAGGGGGAAAGAGAGCACACACUUUGAGAUGACUUGGAAAAGGGAGAGAGAGGAUGAGAGAGACAAACAGAACAGAAAGAAAGAGGGAGGAUAAGGUAGAGAGGGGAAGAGAAUGAGGGAUGGAGCUAGGGACAAAGACGGAAAGGGAGAAUGGCAAAAAAUAUGUUAUAAAAAUGAAUGGAAGCAGCUGAAACUGCAACUGCUCCGAGAAAGCGAGAAAGCGAGAGAGAGAGAGAGAGAGAGAGAGAGAGAGAGAGACAGAGACAGAGACAGAGACAGAGACAGAGACAGAGACAGACAGAGACAGACAGAGAGAGACAGAGAGAGACAGAGAGAGACAGAGAGAGACAGAGAGAGAGACAGAGAGAGACAGAGAGAGCGAGAGAGACAGAGACAGAGACAGAGACAGAGACAGAGACAGAGACAGAGACAGAGACAGAGAGGUGUGGGGGUUGUACGGUAUUAAUAGCUGGUGCCUGUCUACAGAGGGAGGGCAGAUGGUUUUCCAAUGAUAGGGGGUGUGUGUCCCGUCCAUGCCUCAGCCCGCUGGAUUGGGGGACAGAAAUACGCAACCUUGGCCUCUCUACCAUGGACUUUUCAUAAAGAAAGUCACACACAUGCAGACGCAGACACAAACACACACACACACACACACACACACAUGCGUACGUUUUUUUGUAGCAGCUUAGUAAUCUAAUCAGUAUUCCUCUAGUGAUGGCCACAGUGAUUUAUUGUUGAGAUUGGGUUUUUUGGAGGUCAUUCUGCUUUCAAAAGAAAGUAGUCCAAUGUGCUUUUGUGUGUGUGUGUGUGUGUGUGUGUGUACUGUCUUACUGUGUGUGUGUUUUCUCGCUGUGUGUGUGUUCAGGGAUGCACUUGAUUGAGGUGCUGUAUGAUGAUGUGGCAGUGCCUAACAGUCCAUUCCAUGUCCCGGUAACGGAGGGUUGUGACCCCAGCCGUGUCAGAGCCUACGGUCCUGGUUUGGAGGAGGGCCUGGUCAACAAACCCAACCGCUUCACCGUGGAAACCAGGUACACACACUAACUUCCUUACUUACUUAAUCAUCAUCAUUACCAUGUGGAACAUAAGGCUUCCUUCAGAGAGCGCCACUGCAUCCUUCUGUCAAUCUGUCCAGGGGGUACACACUGGGCACAAACUGGGGUGAAAAUGAGAUGGGUGAAAUGGGGUGUAAGUAGGGUGAGAAAGGUUGAAAAUGGUGUGGCAAAAAUUAGAUACUGGUUUGUUUAAAUUCAGCAUUUAGGUAAACCAUUCUUCUUCUCUCCUCCCUCUUCACCAUCCCUCUCUCUCUCUCCCUCUCUACCUCCCUCCCCCUCUAGGGGUGCUGGUACAGGGGGUCUAGGCCUGGCCAUCGAGGGUCCAUCAGAGGCGAAGAUGUCCUGUAAGGACAACAAAGAUGGCAGCUGCAGUGUGGAGUACAUCCCCUUCACCCCGGGAGACUACGACGUCAACAUUACCUUCGGAGGCUUGCCCAUCCCAGGUACUUUAUGAUGUCACUUCCUCUGAGAGCCCCUUCACUUCCUGUUGGAGAGAAUUUAAACUAUUCUUGAUUGGUUGAUAAAGAAUGUUGAUAGGGUUAUAGAAGAUGUUUUGCUUGGUCUAGGCUUUCAAAAAGGUAUGCGUAUCGAUGUACACUAGACUUGUAUAUACCACAUGCUAUAAGUAUGGAAUGAGAAUGUUUUGCUUGGUCAGAGAGGAAGACGUGAAGCAAGAUGUUUACUCUGCCCAAAAUCUGUCCACGAAAAUAAUAUUUUGUAUGGAUGUCAAUGAGAGAGUUUAAUCGCUAAUUUGCUAGGUGAGGCUUAUUUGAUCGAAUAGAAGUUUCGUAAUGGCUAGGUUGUUACGAAUGCACUGAUAUAAGUGGCAUUUUGGCAACUUAAAAAAACAACAACUUUAUAUCGGAGUUGUGCCUGUUGUCAUAGAGAUAGAGCAUGGACAUUGCCAUUGAUGGCUUCCCAAUGACUGUAUAUAUGGAUGGACAAAACCAUUGAUCACGUGACACCAUUCAUUCCUAUGUGAAGGCUCAAUAGUGCUUUGAAGCCAAAUGAAGUCCAUUAAGAUGGCGUCUCAUGGAGACAUAACAUGUGCAGUUUGAGCUACUCCAGGAAUUGAUUUUGCAGGCUAGUAACUCAAGUUGAAGGCCGGCCGGGGUACUGCAGACUGCCAUUAGCAACUAAAUUACCCUUUUAACGUAUUCUGUGUUCAAGGACAUACAUCUGGUGUAUUAGAAGCAAUAAUUGGUACCAUGAUUGUAUUCAAAUUUCUAUGGCCUGCUGUUCACACGCAUAUCUGCCCUCUCAUUGGCUAGAAUGGUCCCAUCUGAUCUCAUCUUUUCCUGCCUGCCUUCCAUCUUUGAGGACAUUUUCAGUAUUUUCAUUGUUAGAGCUGUCACUCGAAUAUCUUGUCAAUACAGGGCUCUGGGCCAUGUAUAGCACAUGCUAAAAGUAUGUGAUGAGAAUGUUUUGCUUGGUCUGGGCUUUCAAAGAGGUACAUAAUUUUGUUUUACUUAUCAAUGUACACUUGAGCUGUAUACCUAUACGAAUGUAAUUCCAUCUGACUCCUGCCUGUGUGUGUUGCAGGUAGUCCCUUCCGUGUGCCAGUGAGAGAGCUGGUGGACCCCAGUAAGGUGAGGUGUUCAGGCCCAGGGCUGGGUAGUGGAGUCAGAGCCCAUGUUCCUCAGACCUUCACUGUGGACACUAGCAAGGCUGGCCUCGCCCCUCUGGGAGUGGUGCUGUAUGGACCUACUGGUAAGAGGAGAGAGAAAGAGAGAGACACACCCACACACACACAUACAGACACCCCCCUCCCACCACACACAAACCAAAUGUCUUUCAUUGGCUGUAAAGUUUUAACGUUUUAAGGCUUUAAACUUUUCAGACUGUGAUCAAUAUUUCAUUGCUUCCCGCCUCAGGAGUGGCUGAGCCAGUGAACAUCACAGAUAACAGGGACGGAACACACACAGCGACCUACACCCCAGCCAAGGACGGCCCGUACACUGUGUGUGUGAAGUACGCUGACCAGGAGGUCCCUCGCAGGUCAGAACAGCAGGAAGAGGAACCAAACUGUGAUCACAGAGAAACAUCUUUGAUGUUUUCUUCAAAUCUUUGUACUGACUACAUAAUGUUUUCAUCCCUCUCUCAUUCUCUCUUGAUCCUCCUUUUCUGUCUUGAAGUGGAAAUUCAGUUGAACUGAAACAUUUAAAUCCUUGAGAGAUUUAAAUCUAAUGUCUUGCUUGAUAUUUCAUAAACAACCGUUCAGUCGUGACACUCCUUUCUUUCAAAAUAUGUUUUUUCCCCCUCUAUCUGCAGUCCGUAUAAGAUCAAGACAUUGCCUGCUCAUGAUGCCAGUAAGGUGCGUGCCAGUGGGCCAGGUUUGAAUGCCCAGGGUGUGCCCGCCAGCCUGCCCGUGGAGUUCACCAUCGAUGCCCGCGACGCUGGCGAAGGCCUGCUCACCGUGCAGAUACUGGUGAGUCACCUACGCCUCUGUCACUUCCUCUCUAGACAGGAAACUGUCAUAGACUGUGAGCUCAGACAUUCACCUCCCUAUUUAAAAGAGAACUUCCAUUCCUUUUUCUUAAGAUGAUAAACAUCUCUUCAAUAUUGCUGUUAUGAUUCAUGCUUAUUACCAAUUUGGACAUUUCUACCUUAUUUUCUUAUUGCGUGUUUAAUUUAAAAACAAAAACACCAACCCCCAUGUCAAGUCAGCCCCUCCACCCAUUUUACCCAUUCCUUUCUCUCUGCCCCUCCCUGAUCUGGGAUGUGGUUGGGUUGUGGCUGUGAUGUGUCUGCAGGGUCCGGAUGGAUGCAGGCGUGAGGCCUCAGUGCUGGUGGAGGACUGGGGCAGGAGGGUGUGGGAGAAGCAUAUAGUCAAGGGGACCAUACCCUUCUGUAUUCAUAAGAAAGGCUCCGUAAGGCCUGCUCUUCCUUUUUCUGGCCUCUUCUCUUUCACCCCUCACGCUGUCUGCCUCUCCCCUCGCCCUCUUGUUUCCUUUCGUCCCCUUCUUCCCUAGUCCCCUCCUUCUGUUGUCACUUGUCUUUUUUGUACUUGCUGAGGACCCUGGGAGGAGUAUUUUGUCUUCUCUAUGUCUCUUUUCACUCUCCUCUCUUCUUACUGUGAGAGAUGAGAGAAGCCAGUCUAUGUAGGAGACCAAGGGAUUGAAUACCAGAUAAAAAGGGAUUGUAGACCAAAGUUAAAACAACGCAAAAACAAAGGAUUAACUUGCUCCCUGGCUGAAACUUCACUGAAACAAGUUUGGUGCUGUGACGAGUUGGGACAGUACACAUCAAAAACCUGGAGGAGGAACUGGGAGGAACAGGGAUCUGUUGGAUGUGUGGAAGUGAACGUUUCUCCUAAGCAGUAGUACACAGUCCAUGAAAGACAGACAUUCUCCAUCCCCUCAAUGGCCCUCCUCCCCAGUCUGUGUGGACUGACCUCCAUUGGGUUUGGCUAAUUGGCUAAUGUGGUUUUCUUUAUCCCACUAACUGUAGAAAAUGGUGCAUUCCUAAACACAGCACCAUCCAUUCUCAAAGAUAAUCAUUCCCAUUGUUGUAUUGUGCACAGCCAUGUGUAGUGUGAUAUUGCAGAGAUGACAUACAUAGACAAUGUACAGUUUACAUGAGCGUACACACACACACACACUCAAUCCAUGUUCCUUAUACCUGUAGGACCCAGAAGGCAAGCCGAAAAAGGCCAAUAUCCGUGACAACAGAGAUGGGACGUACACAGUGUCCUAUGUACCAGACAUGGCAGGGCGCUACACCAUCACUAUCAAGUAUGGAGGAGAUGAGAUUCCCUACUCUCCCUAUCGUAUCCAUGCCCUGCCCACUGGAGACGCCAGCAAGUGUCUGGUCACAGGUCAGUGAGAGGACUCUCAUAUAUGUCAUAUAUUCUAUCUAUAUAUAUAUUUAUUAGGGGUGUAACGAUCCAUCUACUACAUCGAUGUAUCGAUUUAUAUUCCUAUGAUCCAACUACAUCGAUCUGUGCUCGGCGAGUUGGCCUUUUGGACAACAUAUAUCAAUCUAACAUCGUUUUAAAAUGUAAUAAAUCGAUUGUAUCGAUACUAGGAAAUAACCCAUUGGAUUUAAGCACGUCAGACUUUAUAUGGAUGUUUUUUCUUAGCACUUUUAAUGAUAAAGGCUUUAAACAUUACUCGAUUCAGUCUGCCUAUCCGUGACGUCAUCGCCCCGCGCCAGCAGCAGCGCAAAGGCGCAAAGACAACAAAACAUAGCAUGGCGGACGACAGAGGAGAAGCCGACGAGCGAGAAAUUAUCAAGCCACCAUUGCGGUCCUUACAAGAAACAGGAAUCUAGGAAACUUUACCUGCACUGUCCAGUAUAAAGGUAUUUAUUUCAGUCAGACUGGUUGAAUUUUUGGCUAAAAGGUUACUGAAUCGAUUUCAAGUCACUGAAUCGUUUCGGAUCGUAUCGUUCUAAAUGAACCAAUAUCGUCCUUGAAUCGUAUCGACAACCACGAAUCGUGAUACAAAUCGAAUCAUUGUUAAAAACGAAUCGUUACACCCCUAAUAUUUAUAUCUAUAUCUAUACUGUAUGUAUCUAUGAAGAAAGGAAGGCCUGGAUAAUCAUUGCUCUGAUGAAGUAUGAAAAUGUAUGCACUCACUAACUGUGAGUUGCUCUGGAUAAGAGCGUCUGCUAAAUGACUAAAAAUGUAAAAAUGUAAAGUAGCUUGGGUGGAUUUAACCCAUGAGGACCAUUAAUGAUGGUUUUAUUUUCAAUCUACAGUUUCCAUUGGAGGACAUGGAUUGGGUGAGCAUUUCUAAACAUGAUAAUUCUUCUGAAAACUAGAAUGCAUACCAGUAUAUGUACAGCAUAUGAUUAUAUUAACUUGAUGUUAGGGAUGACGGGAUAGUUUCAGUAGUUUUGUAUGGUCUCCUUACAUGUCCAUCAUUCUCGACAGGUUCAGGCCUCGGGCCCACCAUCCAGAUCGGCGAGGAGACCGUCAUCACCGUGGACGCAAAAGCUGCUGGGAAGGGAAAGGUGACCUGUAAGGUGUCAACGCCAGAUGGGGCGGAGCUAGACGUGGACGUGGUGGAGAAUUCCGACGGAACGUUUGACAUCUACUACACGGCUCCGGAACCUGGGAAAUACGUCAUCACCAUCCGCUUUGGAGGAGAACACAUUCCAAACAGCCCCUUCCACGUGGUGGUGAGUACUUCCUGAUAUGAUGAAUCAUGGGUACUGUAGUCCUUACCUGAAUUUGUUGGGAAAGUGUAGUUUUCUUUGUCAUAGUGUUACCAUAAAUGUGUUUCAUUCAUUGGAUCUGUUCUGUAACAUUAUGAUAUAACACGAUGUGGGAUCUCUAGGCUGGUUCAGAUACAGUAGGUUUGACUCAUAUCAUAUAACAGUAAAUUUAUUACAUAGUUAUAUGAUAACAUAGGAGUUUUGCAUGGUGUGGCACUUACAUGAGCCUACGAUAAUCGUUGGAUGAUUAUUAUAACUGUGUGUGCAUGGUGAUUUGGAAGUUACCCAUAGAAAUAUGAUUAGUAAUUAGUCUAUUUCUAUGAAGUUUUCCUAAAUGUGUGACUUACCCUCCCCACCAGGCCAGUGAUACCGUCCCUAUAAUAGAGGAACCGUGUGACAAGCUCCAGUUACAACAGCCCUACCAGGCCUACCAGGGCUACCCCCCUCACUGGGUACAAACCUACACCCCCCCCCCCCCCCGCACUUACCUCCACCUCACCUCCACCCUCACCUUCAGCUUACCCACCUCCUUCAUAUCCCAACACCGUGAUUCCUACUUUACUUUCCAUGCAUAUCUCAAAAACCUCUGUUUUGCUUGUCCUCAGAUGCUGCUCGCAAAGAAUCAUUGUAUGUUCACUUCAUUUUAGUUUUGCUUGUCUCCCCUAUGGCGACGGCCAUUGAGUUUGUAAGUGUCUGUUUUGUGUGCAGAAGCUUUCGCAUUGCUUUCACUGUUUUUCUUUCAGCUUAUCUUCAUAUCUCUCAGGCCUUCAAAGCCUGGACUCUCGCCUGUCCUGUCUGCCCAGAGUCAAGGCCUAUGCCUGGGCUGUGCUUUCACCUCCAUCCCCUCGUACUGUCCCUGAGCAGAGACAUAGACCAGAAUGCUAAUGUUAAUUUAACCAUUUCCCUUUCAUAGGCCACAGAGGAGCCCGUCACCCCCGGCGAUAUCAUGGAGCCUAUGCUCCGCCCCUUCAACCUGGUCAUUCCGUUUCACCGUUCAGAAGGGAGAGAUCACAGGUGAGAUUUAACUGAUGUCUGACAAGUCUGUGUGUGUGUGUAGGUGUUUACUGUGAUGUGUAUGAUAAUAACUUACCUGUGUAUGUGUGUGUGCGUGUGUUUCCAGGUGAGGUGCGUAUGCCCUCAGGUAAAACAGCCCGUCCUAACAUCACAGACAACAAGGAUGGGACAGUCACAGUGAAGUACGCCCCUACAGAGAAAGGCCUGCACGAGAUGGACAUCAAAUACGACGGAAACCACAUCCCAGGUACACAUUGCAGAGAGAAACACACACAUGCACACACAGAGUAUAAUUCCAUACAGGAAGUAGAUCUAUAAUUGGUAAUUUAAUGCUGUUCCAUCACAGGAAGUCCCCUCCAGUUCUAUGUAGAUGCCAUCAACAGUGGUCAUGUGACAGCCUAUGGUCCUGGUCUGAGUCACGGCAUGGUCAACAAACCUGCUACCUUCACCAUUGUCACCAAGGAUGCAGGGGAAGGUAAGGAACUGAACCAAAUCAUACCAUACUGAUUUGUGCCAAACACUACUGUGCUAUGGUCCAUUCUCAAAGUCUUCAAUCCCUUUCCCCUGCUUGAUUUUCCUCCAUCCCUCUCUCACCCCUUCUGUCUCCCUCUACAUUCCCCUAUCUCUCCUCUCUUCUGGUAUUCCUACUACCUCUCUUCCUCUCUCUCCUCUCAUGUCUAGGUGGUCUCUCCCUGGCGGUGGAGGGUCCCUCUAAGGCAGAGAUCAACUGUAAGGAUAAUAAGGAUGGAACCUGUACUGUGUCCUACCUUCCCACUGUACCAGGAGACUACAAUAUCAUCGUCAAGUUUGAUGACAAACACAUCGCCGGCAGCCCCUACACUGCCAAGAUCACAGGUACUGACUCUGUGUGUGUGUGUGAGAGAGAGAGCGAGAGAGAUGAAAGGAGGAUGAAACUGAAACAAGCUAGGAGGAGGCAAGCCAAAGGUUGUAUUUAUUAAAUGCAUGAUUUUGUUUUCUCUUUGUUCUCUUCUGUCCUUCUCUCCCCUGUAGGAGAUGACAAUAUGAGGACAUCCCAGCUCAACGUCGGCACGGCAACAGACGUGUCAUUGAAGAUCUCAGAGACAGACCUGAGCAGUCUGACAGCGAGCAUCAGAGCACCGUCGGGCAACGAGGAACCCUGCCUGCUCAAGAGACUGCCCAAUCGACACAUCGGUGAGCCACUCGCCAGGCCUGGCUCCCAAAGCAUUGGUAGAGUUUAUGAAUAUAUUAUUUAUUCAGUAACACCUAUUUUUUCUCUUGAAAGAGACCUGGUAAGAUAGCAGCAUGGGUAAACUUGUGUAUGUUUAAACCAUAAAGACUCACAGAUAUAGUCAUUCCAUUUACCUGAUUGCGUUCUCCUCUAUCCAUCCUCCCCUCCAGGUAUCUCAUUCACUCCUAAGGAGGUAGGGGAGCAUGUUGUGAGUGUGAAGAAGAACGGGACGCACGUAACCAACAGCCCCUUCAAGAUCAUGGUGGGCCAGUCAGAGAUCGGGGACGCCAGCAAGGUCAAGGUGUUUGGCCAGGGACUGGUGGAGGGACACACCUUUGAGGUGGCUGAGUUCAUAGUGGACACCAGGAACGCAGGUAGGGUGUUUUCGUUGGUAUUCAUUGUGACAAGUUCACUAUUGAACAUAAUAGAGGGUUAAGAUAAUAUUAGACUUUAUACGUUCAGAAGUUUUAAGUUCAGUUUUUUGCUAUGUAUGCACUGUAAAGGGGUUGCCGUGAAUUUGACAGUAACUUACAGGCAGCUCAUUGGCAAGUAAGUUACUGUAUUUCAUAUUGCAGUACACCUACAGUUAUCUAAAUACUGUAUCAAAGCAAGUACUGUGUAAUGACACACAGUACAAUAAUCGUAAUGAAUGAAUGGAUGGAUGGAUGAAAUUCAUUGAGGGGAUUAGGGUUUGUAUUUGACAGUAUUUUAUUGUAAUUUCAUGGGAUUGGUGCGAGCAGAUUGGCUGCUAGGUAAAAUGUUUACACAUUACAGUAUAUUAAUGAAUAUUUGGUGUUUUGUAUCACUUGCACUUCUAGAGGCCUUAACAAAAACUUCCAAACUAGCAGCAACUACACUGCAAAACAGACCAAAAGGACAUGGCAAAAUGCUCAACCAUUUAAGAUUCAAGACUUCCUUCCACUCCAAUCUGUGCCCUAUACAUUUUAAAUUGAUGGGGCACAAAUCCUAUAUCCAAGUUAAAUCAGCAUUUUCACUAAUGGAUGCAACAAAUAUAGCCACUUACAAGGCACGCCUCAAAAUAUGUUAAUGAUCCAGAAUCAACAAUACCAUGCAUCCACUAGUAGUCAAAAGCUGUUUGGUGCUCAAAAAAUCCAGUAUGGUACUGUAUUCUGUGGGAGAUAAUUACAGUACACUGUAAAAAACCGUAACUUGUUUUUUGCGGUAAGUGCUUUCUUUACUUGUACUGUAUGUACUGUUAAACCAAAGUUUCUUUGGAGUUUACAACAACAUACUGUACGUUUCUUAUUAUAUUUUUUUACAGUAAUUUACAGGUAACAGGCUGCCAGUAAGUUACCGUAAAAACAAGUUAUGGUUUUUAUAGUGUACCAUUCAGUAAAAUGUUUCAUAGUAUUUUACUUUUGAUAAUACCCUAAAUGACUGUAUAAAUUAAAAUGUUAUUUUACAGUGUGGAUAUGAUUUUGGGGAAAAUGUUCUGGUGUAACCAACACUCCUCUUCUACUGUACCAUCUUUCUCCCCUUCUCUCUCCUCUUUCAUCUCUCUACUCUUCUCAUAUCUCUCUCUUUCCCUCUCUCCCUCCCUCUUCUCUCUGUCAGGUUAUGGUGGUCUGGGUCUGUCUAUCGAGGGUCCCAGUAAGGUGGAUAUUAACUGUGAGGAUGUGGAGGAUGGUACCUGUAAGGUGACCUACUGCCCCGCUGAACCAGGAAAUUACAUCAUCAACAUCAAGUUCGCAGACCAGCACGUCCCAGGUGAGUUCAGGGGGCCUCAGGCGGCCUCAGGGGUGUCUUACAACAUGCCAGUAUACAAUUCAGCAAUUAUCUAAACAGAUAUAUCUUUGUAUGGGUGGUUUUUUAUUUUUGUCUGAUUUGGUUCCUGACUGGCUGUGAUUGGUCUAUCCCACAGGAAGUCCUUUCACCGGUGAAGGUGUGUGGUGAGGGCAGGAUGAAGGAGAGCAUCACCAGGAAGAGGCAUGCUCCAUCCAUUGCUACUGUGGGCAGCACCUGUGACCUCAACCUCAAAAUACCAGGUGAGAACCGCCACGACCGCUACGGUCAUGUUAUGGUCCUGUGUGUGGUCCAGGAGUGGGAUUCCAAAACGCCCGCUGGCUCUCCUCCUUUCUAUCUAUCGUCCCUCCUUUUCUCUUGUCUUCCUCUCCUUGCACAGUCACAUGCUUUCACAUACCUUUAUUACACACUGUUAUGACCCUUUGCUUGGCCUUCCAAGUUCUAUUUUCAUCUCUUGCUCUUCCUUUCUCCUUCCCUCCCUCCUCCUCCUCCUUCCACCCUUCCUCCCUCUGUAGGUAAUUGGUUUCAGAUGGUGUCGGCCCAGGAGCGGCAUACGCGUACGUUCACGCGCAGCAGUCACACGUACACGCGCACGGAGCGCACAGAGAUUAGUAAAACACGGGCUGGGGAGACCAAGCGGGAGGUGCGUGUAGAGGAGAGUACCCAGGUCGGGGGAGACCCCUUCAGGGACGUGUUUGGAGAAUUCCUGGGGAGUCAGAGUCUCACAGGCUUCAGUGGGAUACCAGCCACUACCAGACAGCCUCAAGAGGGUGUGUGUGUGACACAAGAGGGUGUGUGAGGCCUGUCUAAUGCCAAUUAAUUGAUUCAGAAUGUGUGUGUGUGUGUGUGUGUGUUUUGUGUUAAGUGUCCAGUUUGGCUAUGUCUUUUUGUUUUAAUCCAGAAUAGUAAAUACAUCUAGAAUACAAAUGUAUGUCAAAUUACUGCUUGAUGCAAUGAUGUAUGCAAUUAGUCCAUAUCCAUUUUAUACGUCUGGAGUUAACAUGCACGUGUCGGGAUAUGAAUGAAUGUAUGAAUGUGUGUGUUGGAUUGAGUCGCUCCAUGUUCCUCCCGUUGUCCCAGAUUGGAAAUUAUAGGAGGGCGUUUUAAAGGAAAAUCUGAGCAGUUCAUGGUUGUCAACUCUGUGACCCAGCCAUCUUACUCUGACAUCACACAGAGACAGAGACUGAUCCACACACAGCUGUAUCCACAUCUCAGUCUGACUAACCUCAUACACAUUCUCUCUGAUUCUCUCUGAUUCUCCACUGCCCCUAUUGACAACCUGAGCGUUUGAAGAGUGAACAGUAUUUUGAAGUGUUUUGUCUGAUGCAUUUCUCUCUCUCCGCCCCCCCCUUCUAUUUCUGUCCCUUUCUCCUCCUCCUCUCUCUCUUUCUCCAUCCCUCUCCCAUAUCUUUCUCUCUCCCCUACCUUCUCUAUCUUUCCCUCUUUCUUUUAUCUCUCCCUCCUCCCCUCCAGGUGACCAGGGAACCAAGGAGAUGACGGCCCAGGUGACCAGUCCGGGAGGUAAGACGGAGGAUGCAGAGAUCAUCGAUGGCGAGGACAGCACCUACAGCGUCCGCUUCAUCCCCCAGGAGAUGGGCCCCCACACGGUCAACGUCAAGUACCGUGGCCAGCAUGUCCCCGGGAGCCCCUUCCAGUUCACCGUGGGGCCCCUGGGAGAGGGAGGGGCACACAAGGUCCGGGCCGGGGGCACAGGGCUGGAUAGAGGAGUGGCUGGAGUGGCAGGUAGGUUGGCUGAGGGGGGCAGUAGAGGUUUCUUAGAAAGUGAUUGGCAGGGUAUGAAGCUUCUGAAGAGGAAAGCCUUGCCUUGUCAGUCAUUCACUAAAUGUAGGAUUAUAUUGGGCUUUUGAUCAAGAUAAUGAAUCUAUCCAUAUGCUUAUUUCCCUUUUGUAUAUACGGUAUAACUGAGUGUCUCUGUUCCUCUGUAGCUGAGUUUAGUAUCUGGACCAGAGAGGCUGGUGCAGGGGGUCUGUCCAUCGCUGUAGAGGGGCCCAGUAAGGCAGAGAUCACCUUUGAAGACAGGAAGGAUGGAUCCUGUGGAGUGGCGUAUGUGGUGCAGGAACCAGGUAAGACCAACAUAUUAUACACACUACAUGAAUCCAACGUACACAACAAUAUACUAGACAUAUUCUACACCUGAAAUCAUAAGGUUGACUAUCUGCCUUCUCUCUCUCUCUCUCUCUCUCUCUCUCUCUCUCUCUCUCUCUCUCUCUCUCUCUCUCUCUCUCUCUCUUUGUUUCUCUCUUUCUCUCUCUCUCUCUCUCUCUCUUUCCCUUUCACUCUUCAGGUGACUAUGAGGUGUCCAUUAAGUUUAAUGAUGAGCACAUCCCAGACAGUCCCUUUAUAGUCCCCAUCGCCACUCUGUCUGAUAACGCACGCCGCCUUACCGUCACCAGCCUACAGGUUAGAACACACACACACAUACACAAGCAUUUCGCUAUACCCGCAAUAACAUCUGCUAAAUACGUGUAUGCGACCAGUAACAUUUGAUUUGAUUUGACAGUGGAUGCUGAGGUUGCAGACCUUAUUCUGAUGUCUACCAUUAUUAGCAUCUUCAUUACUGAGGACUGAAAUGGUAUUAUACAGUGGGCAGAGUUCACUGCUAUAUGAAUAGACACACCUCUCAUAACCUCUUCUUAGAUCUAAACCGGAGAUGGAACGUCAUCUAUAUUUGAGUUGUACAUGAAUUUAGAUUUGGUAUGAAUAGUUUUAUUAGUGGAUAGAUUUGGCAUGCUACUCUGAAAUCUAUAUGCAGGCAGUGUGUGUGUGUGUGUGUGUGUGUUCAGGUUGGGGAGUGAGAGGGUUGGAUAAUUAUUAUUAGCUGCUUCUGCUAUAGAGGAAAUGUGUUAGCCCACACCCCCUCAUCAGUCUGACCACAUGGGGCUUAUUAUAUCAUUACCUUUAACCUUUGUGAUUGAAGGAGAUGGGGUUGAAGGUGGGCCAGGAGGCGUCAUUCGCGGUGCAGUUGAACGGGGCAAGGGGGUUGAUAGAUGCUAAGGUUCACACCCCGUCCGGAGCUGUAGAGGAGUGCUACGUUACUGAGCUGGACAGUGGUAAGACAUAGCCUGCACAAACUGACAAUACACCAACUCACAACUAUACAGUACAGAAAAUAUCCAAGAUACUGCCUUAUCCACCAGAUUAAUUUAAUUUGUCUGAUAAUUAAGAAAAUACAUACAGCCAAGAACCAGCAAUACAUGCAGUAGUAGCAUUUUACAGUACAGUACAUGUAGUAGUAGCAUUUUACAGUACAGUCCAUGCAGUGGUAGUAUUUUACAGUAAAGGGCUAGUACAACCAAAGCACCAGGUGCUUAUCCUACAUAAUAAAGAAGUUCAUCUCGAUUGCAUGUCUUGCUAAAUGAAAGGUUCAGUAAGUAAAUUGUGACAUGUCGGCCUGCAGACCAGCAUGCCAUCCGGUUUAUCCCGAGGGAGAACGGGGUCCACUCCAUCGAGGUGCGUUUCAAUGGGAGCCACAUUCCCGGUAGUCCCUUCAAGAUCCGCGUGGGAGAGAUCGGACAGGUCGGAGACCCAGGAAUGGUGUCUGCCUUCGGACCUGGGCUGGAAGGAGGAACCACAGGUAUGAGGAACAUUGUGUCGUACACACACAAACACAUACAAUAAGGUACACAAAUACGGUAUGUGUCCAUUAUAAUUUUUACACAGUUCAGUCAUUUGAUCAUUUCAAAUACCCAAAGAAGGCCUAUAGGCUAUAAGGAAAAAGACACAAAAUGUAUAAAUGACCAAUACUGGCUCACAUGCCCCUCCUAACUCACCUCUGAUUGGAUGUUUUCCCUGUCCAUCUCUGUCCCCGCCCCUCCUGUAGGCAUGCCAUCAGAUUUUGUAGUGAACACGUGUAAUGCGGGGUCGGGUGCUCUGUCAGUGACCAUCGACGGGCCAUCCAAGGUCAAGAUGGACUGUCAGGAGUGUCCCGAGGGUUACAAAGUCACCUACACACCCAUGGCCCCCGGCAGCUAUCUCGUCACCAUCAAAUACGGAGGACCAUCCCACAUCGUAGGCAGCCCCUUCAAGGCUAAAGUCACAGGUAAGUCCUCUAUAGAGCAACGCUAACCAAACUCUAAUGUUUGAGUGUUGAGUCUAGUAUGUGUUGAUGUAGAGAUGUCAAGUGUGUGUGUGUGUGUGUGUACUGGUCUACUAAAGAGCCCUCAGACCUUGUGGGGGCUUGGUGCAAUGAGUUAGAAGAGCCCCUAGCCUCCACACCAUCCUAUUAUAUUUGACAUUCUGUGUUUGUCCAGAGGGCUCCUAAGCUGUGUGUGUUUAUGUUUCAUAUGAGGAGAGAUUAUGCAACACGCAAGUUGUGAUUAUAGUUCUUAUGCAACCCCACUUAUGCAACCCCGCUCUCGCUCUCGCUCUCGCUCUCCCCCUCUCUCUCUCUCCUCUCUCUCUCUCUCUCUCUCCUCUCUCUCUCUCUCUCUCUCUCUCUAGGUGCUCGUCUCUCUGGUGGUCACAGUCUACAUGAAACCUCGUCCGUUCUUGUGGAGACAGUAACCAAGUCAUCAUUGUCGUCGUCGUCGAUGGGCGUGGCCUACGGCCCUAAGUUCUCUUCGGACACCAGUAAGGUGGUCUCCCGGGGCACCGGCCUAUCAAAGGCCUUUGUAGGGCAGAAGAACACCUUCACAGUGGACUGCAGCAAAGCAGGUGAGAGGGGAGGGUCAGACACACAUGCAGACACACACGCAGACACACACGCAGACACACAAAUGCACCCACGUACAAAGUAUACACGCACAUACACUCACACAAAUACUUAAUAUUGCCGUAUUUCUUCCCAUAUAGGAACUAACAUGUUGAUGGUGGGGGUACACGGACCCAAGACCCCGUGUGAAGAGGUCUAUGUUAAACACAUGGGCAACAGGAUGUACAACGUCACCUACACCGUCAAAGAACAGGGCAACUACAUCCUCAUUGUCAAAUGGGGGGAUGAAAAUGUCCCCGGCAGCCCCUUCCAUGUCACCGUCCCCUAA